GGGCUGUAUAGAAAUUUAAUAAAUAAAUCUAUGAGAGACAUAUAUAUGUCUGAUCUGUUAUACGCUGGCGGUCACAAAACCAAAACCAACAACCCAGAUCGAGAGAAUAGCUUGAAUUCCUGUCAGACCUCGCGCUCGCCCACCGCCACCUCUGAAGAGACAUCGCCACCUCUCUGGGCGAGGCUUUCUUCCUACCUCGACCGCCUCCAGCCCAUCACCUCACCCUCCAGCCGCCUGAGCAGCCGACGCCGUCGACGAAGACGACAACACCGUCACGGCCGGCUCCGCUGUCACCACCACCAAACCUCCCCUCCCACUCUCUCUCUCUCUUUCGCUCGCGCCCUCCCUUCCUCCUUUCUGUGAGGCUGCCCUUCGCAUCAAUCAACGGAGCGAGGCUUCGGAUUGGUCUACGCGCAGGGGCACACACCCCCUCCUCCCCCUCACUUCCCCGCCCCCGUGUUACCUCAGCCGGCGCGGCCCCCGCCUCCUCUCCCGUGGUCUUGCUUCGCUUUCUUUCCCCCUCAGCCAUUUUAAACAGCGUGAGGCGGGCAGCGGACCGGCUUCAGUUGCGGGAGAGGAGAGAUUCGGUUACGGCAGCCGGGGACAGGAAAGAGUUCUCGCUCGUUCCCCGCCCCACAUCACGGUGAGAUUCGCCUGGCGGCGCCCCGCUUCUUAAGGGGGGGAGGGGAGGAGAUCGCUUCCCGCCCAUUUUUAUUUGGGAGAGAUUAUUCACCUGCCCACCCUAUAUAUAGGGUACAUAUAUAUAUAUGCCGGAAUGGGGUCGCCUCUGCCUUCCGCCGCAUGAGGUGAGUGAUGCUGCGUGGCCCUUGCGAAAGACAGUUUGCUUCCUUCCCUCCAGCCGUCGCCAAAGGGGAUGAAAGCUUUUUCCCCGGUCGGGUAGAAGCAGGAAGCGGGGAUCUCACUUCACCUUUUCUUUCAAAGCUGGCUUUCGGGUCGCAUUCCUCUGACCUCGCCUUUAUUAACACGCCACCUGCGUUGCCCAGCUUCCCUUUUCUCUGAGCCACCCAUUUCCCCCUCAGCCUCACUGACCCCCUGCCCUCCCCUCAGUGUGGGAUGUAGCGGUAGAUCAAUCAGCUCAAGGCCAUCCGAUUAAUCGGCAGGGGUAGGAACCCCUCCUCAGGUGGCGCUACUUUUGCCUAGACAGGUGUACAUCCUCAAAGCCGCUUGCCGGUAGGAUGUAGGGGUGUGUGUAUGGAAACCUCUUUGUGAAUUUGCAUGGCUGUCAUUCAGCCUAGAAAAGUAAGGAUUGCAUUCCUCCUCCUCACACUUUUGCUUCCGGCCAUACCGCUAUAUUCCCAAAUGGUUGUCCAUGAGAAGAAAUGUGGUCCUCUGGCACGGAAAGGGCAUACUUCUUUCCUCCCUAAGCCAGGGUUUCUUUAAUCAAAUGAGAGCCCUAAAAUUUGUGUUUGUAUGUUUAAUGUUAAUCCAUUCAACAGGAUUUAUAUUCUGCUUGGGCAUCAGAACCUCAAAUAUAUGUUGUUAUUAAUGCCAUUUUUGUUUGCCUGUUGACCUUCUGAAUGUUUUUUUUUUUUAAUCAAUAAAAAAUACAAUAACAUCAAUAAAACAUUACAGAAACUCAGUAUACAUGGCGGCCCUCACACUUGAGUUGUGUGUGUGUGUGUGUGUGUGUGUGUGUGUAACACAUACAUUUUAUACACAUUUCAUAGAUUAAUCAGGUAAGUUAAAAUUCAUACAAAUACUCAACUAGUAGUGUAAUCUUCUAUAUGUCUGCUUAUUGAGUUCAGGGGGGCUUACUUUUGGUAGGUGGGUAGAGGAUUCCAGUACAGUGGUACCUCAGGUUACAAACACCUCAGGUUACAGACUCUGCUAACCUGGAAGUAGUACCUCGGGUUCAGAACUUUGCCCCAGGACGAGAACAGAAAUCGCACCAUGGUGGCAGCGGGAGUCCCUAUUAGCUAAAGUGGUACCUCAGAUUAAGAACAGUUUCAGGUUAAGAACAGACCUCCGGAACGAAUUAAGUUCGUAACCAAAGGUACCACUGUAUUUGGUUUCCAUGCAGUACAAUUCUAAGUUAACUGGCAGUGUAAAAUUGCUGCUUUUGCUGUUUAUAUGUAUGAGUUUUGACUGAUUUAGGCUACAGUUUUCUCCCACUUACCUAGGAGUCUAUGCUACUGAACUGAGAGGGCCUUAUUUCUAAAUAGGCAUGUAUGGAUUCUGCUACAAAUUAAUCUCUUAUAUCUACAUAUAAUUGCUUAUGAGGAAAAAACAAUGGGUUCUCUUUCUUUUCUUAUUUAGAUGAUGCAUUCCUGGGCUGCAAUAGGUAUCCCAGAAGAGGUCUUCUGUUUUCUCUUCCACAGGAUAAAAUUCUUCUUCAGGGAGAACUUCUAGAGGGGUUGCCAUGGUAGUCUGUUAUAGCAAAAACAACAGGGUCUUCAGGUAACUUGAAGAUUACCAGAUCUAUUGUGGCAUAAGUUUCCAUAGUUGAUGAAAGCUUAUGUGACAAUAUAUGUGUGUGUCAUUAUGAUGCCACAAGACAAGAAGGUGUUGCUAAUUAGAAUGCUUGUUUUUAAAAUGUUUAAUAAAUCUGAUUGUGGAAGCACCUUUUAGCCAAUCAGAAUGCUUUGUGCAGUACAAUCCUCUCUGCAUGUUUACUCAGAAAUAAAUUCCACUUUGUUCAUGUAUGUUUAGGGGUCGCAUGUAAGUAUGUUUCAGGUUACAGCCUUGGCUAAUGUAAUCACUUAAUUGACUAAGGGUGCAGUCCUAAGAUCUUGCAGCUGAGGAAGUCUCUGUACUUGAUGCAGAGUGUAGAGCAGAUGUUCAUCCUGAAAAUGAAGCAUGUUGAAGGAGGUAUUGAAUGUAUCAGACCCCCUUGUUCCCUAACAUGCCUCAAAAAAGGUGUAAAACUGUGUUAGUUAGCCCUGGAGCGGGUGUAUUUAGUCCUCCUAUUAGUGUCAAGAUGAGGAAAUAAAACGGAGAAGGGGAGGGCGUGUAACAGAAGGUAAAAAGGUAAAGGACUCCUGGACAGUUAAGACCAGUCAAAUUUGAGUAUGCACAUCUCUGCUUUCAGGCCGAGGGAGUUGCCAUUUUUCCUCAGACAGCUUUCUGGAUCAUGUGGCCAUAUAACAGACAGGAAGGUUAGGAGAGCCUGGCUCUGCUCUUCCUUUGCACAACGGCUUUGUAGAGUAGGCCAGCGGUGUCUUAACUAUCAGGUAAUUGCUGCCAUUGCACCUGCCAAUUAUUUCUUUCAGCUCCCAGGCAUGGUGAAUUUUGAGAAAACAAAGCAAUUGCUUUCAGAGGGAUCCUAAGGUAGCACACUCUGCACUUCUCAGUCAGAUCCCUAACAGUUACUUGGGGAGUAUGAACAGUACCCAACUUAUCUGACUCCCAGGGAACAAAGAAGUCUGCUUUUAUCUACCCCCACACUUUCACCCAGUAGAAUACGCUCAGUGGUUACGCAUGUAGGAGAUUUCUAGAAUUCUUGAGGUUGGCGUAAACACAAUUUGGAAUCCAGCAAGCAGGCUUCUGGUCUCAUGAGUAACACACCAUAGGUUGUCUGUUGCAGUGGUUUUGAUUAUUGAUAAUGGACCCUGACGUGAGGGACUAGUAUUCUGUCAUGGAAAAGACAAAGGGCUGCAUAUCACAGACCAUUUUUAAGGGCUCUUGCACCCAGGUUGGAUUGAGUGACAGUUGGUAUUUUUUAGUAUACAGGUUAGAUUUGCCGGGUAACUAGUAUGAUACUUUGUCAGGAGAUAGGGAGAUGGCAUAAACCUCAGAGGAAGGCAAAAGUUAUUGCUUGUGAAAAUCAACACUAGAUUUUUGUAUCUUCCUGCCAGUCAAAACAUUCUGUGCGUUGUAGAUUCAGGAGUUGGUGGGAGUAUGUGUUGGCCUUGCUUGGGCAAAAGGAAAUGUAUAGCAUCAUAGAACUGUAGAGUUGAAGGGAUCCCAGGGGUCAUCUAAUCCAACCACCUGCAAUGCAGGAAUCUCAACUAGAUCAUGCAUGACAGAGGACUUUUAUCUACAAGAAAACAGAGAAAUACCGCACACACAUCAUGUUUCACCCUGGAUAGAGGAAGUUAUAAGGGCUAGGUAAUGGUGGUUCCUGUGCCAUUUAUUCCCCUUCCCCAAAAUAAUAUCUAAUAGUCAUAACAUACAUUGAGAAAAUCUUAAGAUAAGCAGAUAAUAGUUAAAAUGAUCUUCCCUUUAUCCUGAUAAUGAUCUUGCUUAGAAGAGAAAGCUACACUGUGCUUGAGUUGAUGGACUCAUCUGUGAGCUCACUUUCUUUCUGUUGCAUCAGAAAGGAUGCGUUGUGUGGAUGUGGGUGAGGUUGUUUGUGGGGUUGUCAUAGGAUUUUUCACUUUCAGCAGCACAAGUACUUGUAUUAACGGUGUGCAGCACUUAAGUUCUCAGAAGGGAGAUAAAUUGCUGCUAUAUUAUUUUUUAAUUGCCUCUUUUGUAUAUUGUUUGUCACACUAGGCUACAUUUAGGUAAGGAGACUUAACCACAACAUAAUUUCCUAUAUAUCUAUUCAUCUGUAAACUGACUGAGUUCAAUUGAAUUUACUUCCAGACAAGAGUGCAAUCCUGGGUACAUUUAAUGCUUGGGAGUACAGCCCAUUGAAGACAAAGGGGCUUAACCACAAGUAGACAUUCGUAAAUUUUUGUGUAAGAUAUUUAUGAAUAACACCAAUUUAUAUAUGUUUUAUUAUGAAUUUGAAGAAUUAUAACUAACAUGGGAUAUAUUUGCAACAUUAGGAUUGUAAUCUGUUUUAAAAGCAAUUUAGCUUGUAUGGGACAAUCUAAUUCUUAUCGCUGUCUUGGUCAGUGAAAUGAAUCCCAGGCUAUUUGGUAACCUAAGUUGAGAAAUUAUUUGAUACCAUGUGUUUUCCCUAGCUAAACUAUGCAGAACUUUCAUUUCUUGGAAAUUGGUAAUCAUGCUAUGAUGAUCACUUUAUAUUUAUGGACUUUCAAGGAAAGCAAAGUUGGACAACACUGUUAGGAAAGUGGGAGAUGUAGAAGCAGAAGAGUAGGAGAGAAAGAAAAGCAGAAAUGAAGAUUUAGACGACAGUAUAAGAGAACAAAAAAAUAGAAGGAGAGGAAUAGGAAGGGACGACAUAGGUGUGUGGUUCUGAAAAAUUAUCAUAGUGGAGUAUGAGCAGUGUUAGAAGCAGAUAUAAUUAUUAUUUUUUGCCAAAUGGUGCCUUAAACCUAGGUUACAGGCUCACAAACUGAAUGUUUAGGCGCCUUUAUUUAUUUUUUUACAAGAUUACAAAGCUGAAAAUGAAUUGUGUAUAUUAUUAGUUCCAUCUAAAAUCUGACGCAUACCAUAGCACAGCAGCAAAAAAACUGUGCACCAGCCACCAGCUACUGUGCACCAGCCAGCCAGAUGGUGGAGAUGUCAGGCACCAUCUUGGCACCCAGGCAUCUUUACUUGGUAGCAAGUGGCCAAUAGCCAGCUGAAAAGGGGCUAAUUUUGAACGCUGAGUAUGAGGUGGUCACCUGGGAUGAAAUUCAUGUGAACAACACUGAAAAGAAGUGUAGAAUUGGCAGAGGAGUGGGGAGGAAAGCAUCUGUAAAGUUGAUAAAGUGUGGCCAAAUGGGGAUUGGAUCCUGCAAGUUGGAGAAGCAUAUGCAUGCUGAUCAGGGCUAGUGGCUCAGAUUUCAAGAUGUAAUCUGAGGCAGUUUAUUUCAGGGUAUUCCAGAUAGCCUUCUUAUCUGUAAUGGGGUGCUGCAGUGGUAGGGUGAAUAUAUGUGGGCCCAUGUUAUUUAAGAAUAUUUUUGUUAAUAUUAGAGAGAUCUAUAGAAUAGGCUUAACAAAACUCAGCAGCAGAUGUUUAUUUCAUAUUUAUUUUACUUAUAGAAUUUCUUACCCACUCUUCAGCAUAAGGUCCCAGGGCAGGUUACAGCUACAUAGCAUGCAAUUAUAAAAACAGAUAAAACUGUUAAAAUUAUAUUAUUCUGUUCCAUUUGGAACAGUUUUACUUUUGUAAUUCUAACAGUUUGCAAGAGGUGGGUCUUGCAAAGAAACAAAAGCAAACCCUUAAUUGUUAGUAUGUGUUGUGUAGCCAUUGUGAGAAAUGCACUUUGACUUGCAUAGCAUUUGGAAUGUUGCCUUUAUUAGGGCCUCAGGUAGGGGUGUGUGUGUAGGUGUAUGUGGCUUAUCACUGCAUAUGUUCAUCACUGUUGCUAAACUCUGCUGUAAUUGUCAUUUCACUUCCUUCUGUCUGCCACUUUUUUUAGUUCUAGCAGCCUUUUGCAUUACCAAAUGUUUAUAUUUUGUUGCUUUUGAGAAAGAGAUGUUAUAUUUAUUGUCAGUAAUGUACCUUGAAGAGUUAUAUUCUGGAUUACAAACAACCCUGUGAGCUGAUUCAGGCCUUUGUCCAGCUAGAGUAUCUCCUUCCCAGGAGCUGAAUGAGAAGUAAGCAGUUCUUUGUGAUUCUUUCCCUGAAUCAGUAGCAUCUUUCUGGCUUCAGACCAGAUGGUUUCCUUUGGUCAUUGGUUUUCAGUAGCAUAAUCUCCUCCCUCUCACGCCCCCUUUGUAGACGCAGCUCAGGAGGCUGGGCUCAGGAUGUGGCCUGAUGCUGAUGUAACAAGGGAGGGGGGAGGCAGAAAGAGAGAAAGAAAACCAAGAAAAUGUGAUUCACUGCUUAGCAGCUUCCAAGGUUGCAUAUUACAUCUUGUCUAUUAUGAUAAGAGUGGACACUAAAGUGUUAUCUUCCGCUUGAGGUAAAAGGCUACAUCAGCUAUGUUUUGUGUUCUUAUAUGAACUAAUUGAUGCAUGUGGCUUUCCUUGGUUGGGUAAAAAGUAAGCUUUCUAUUUAGUAUAUACAGUAUAUAUUGGGAAAGCAGUCACUGAUAUGGCAGCAAUUACCGUAGCCAAUUUGUAGAUAUAAAGCAAUUAUUUGAACACCACAGGGUUUAAUAGCAUUGUCUCAUGCAGUACUGAAGAGCAGGACAUUAUAUAUUUUUUACCUUUCACACUAUCACUCUUUUGUCAUCUUCCAAAAUAGGCACGUUAGUAUAAGGAUAUGAAGCUUUGUUAUGUCCCAACAUAGAGGGAUGAUGGCAGGAUAUAAAUAGUCAGUUGACUUUUAUUCAUGAGUGCUACAUUCCUAAUUGUUUUAGGCUGCAGACAUAGCCAGUUGUGCUUUCCCUUUCCAGCCAUUCAUAUAAAAAUGCAGUUUUGUGGCUUGGGUAACUAGAAAAAUGAAUAUUGUGAUCACACUAUUUUUCUUUUUGGUGGGUGUUCAUAAAACAAACAGGGCCAUUGCUGCUAAAUAUGAUCAAACAUUAUCUCUGGCCAAAAGGUUUGUAAUACAGUGGUACCUUGGGUUACAUACGCUUCAGGUUACAGACUCCACUAACCCAGAAAUAGUACCUCGGGUUAAGAACUUUGCUUCAGGAUGAGAACAGAAAUUGUGCUCCGGCAGCAGCGGGAGGUCGCAUUAGCUAAAAUAAGAACAGUUUCAGGUUAAGAACGGACCUCCGGAAUGAAUUAAGUACUUAACCCGAAGUACCACUGUAGAAGAAUGGCAAUUAAAACAGUCUUUGUGGUCAUCUUUAUUUGGAAACUGUCUAUCAGACAUAAUACUGUUUAUUUGUACUCUUAUGCAAUCUAUACAACUUUCCCAUACUUAAUUGUUGAUUGAAACCUUAAUGGGGAUGCUUUCAUUGUUAUCAAUGGACUGUUGUAUUGACUUCUCAUUUGUAUCACCCCCAAAUCUAAGAAAAAACUAUUGAAUGACAAAAAUAUUAAUUACAAAACAGUGUAAGCUAUCAAACACUAAAAUAGUGUUCCUUAUUAUUGAAGAAUAGCAAUCUUAAUUAAAUGUAUUUGGAAUCAUGAUAUAUAUUUGGCUGAAUAGACAAAGAAAAUAGAAGCAUUUGCUCUUGGUUUGAGCAGGUUAAUAUGUAAUGUAAUGUAAUAUGUAAUGUAACGGCUCUUGCCAACCUAGCAGUUUGAAAGCAUACCACCACAAGUAGAUAAAUAGGUACUGCUGUGGUGGGAAGGUAAAUGUCGUUUGUGUGUGCUCUGACUUCCGUCACUAUUCUGUUGCACCAGAAGUGGUUUAGUCGUGCUAGCCACAUGACCUGGAAAGCUGUCUGCGGACAAAUGCUGGCUCCCUCGGCCUGAAAACAGAGAUGAGCACUGCACCCCAUAGUCAAAUUCAACUGGACUUAACUGUCCAGGGAUCCUUUACCUUUACCUUUUACCUAUGUAAUGUGAUUAUAUAUUAUUACCGGGAGGCGGGGUGCAGAAGGCAGCCAACUCUUGUUGCAGGAGAACAUGCAGAAUAGAACCUUUUAACAAAAUUAAAGCUGUUUAAAACUAGAAAUUUUAGACAUGAGACCUGCGAGUAUAGGGCGGUAUGCAGCAACAAUAGCAGCAGCAGCAGCAACAUCAUCAUGGUGUCAUCUCGGAAUUAAGGCUCACUGAGUUUUGUGGAGUUUGCUCCCACAUAAGUGGGAGCAGCUUAAAUGGCUGCAGUAUUUGUUUAGUUUUUCAUGUUAUAUUUGUUUAUUUUUGACGUAGGAUUUUGUUUCUAGUGUGACUGGCUUUUCAUGGAAAGGAAAUUUGAGCAUAGGAGUCACUUCCUACAAGGGUACUGGAUUAACAAUAGCUUCAUAAUGUCCUUGUAUUUUAAAUGGUGGAGGUGAUUUGCUUUUGAAUAGUCAUAACUACCGUAUUUUUUGCUCUAUAAGACUCACUUUUCCCCUCCUAAUGUGUGUGCGUCUUAUGGGGCGAAUGCAGGCUGCGCAGCUAUCACAGAAGCCAGAACAGCAAGAGGGAUUACUGCUUUCAGUGCGCAGCGAUCCCUCUUGCUGUUCUGGCUUCUGAGAUUCAGAAUAUUUUUUUUCUUGUUUUCCUCCUCCAAAAACUAGGUGCAUCUUGUAGUUGGGUGCAUCUUAUAGAGCGAAAAAUACGGUAUUUUGUAGUUGUACAAGCAUUAUGCUUCCUAGAAUGGUUGUAGUGACUAGCCCUCCUCCUUUUCUCGGACAUGCUGAUUCUGCUAACGUGAAAUAUGCAAACACCAAUACUUAUCUGACCAAAUGGUUUUUCCCCUUGCCUUUUUUGAAUCCUAGUCAUUCACAACUCUAGACCUUAAGCAUGACAGGGCAGAGUCUUAAAGAAUGUUUAAAGAACAGGUAGAUAUUCAGUUAUAUGAUUGCUCAAGGAAGGAUGCGCACUUAAUAUUCUCAUGUGCAGUUUCUCUGGGAAAUGAUUUAAAUAAAUGGAAAAGCAGAUAAGUAACGUUUUAUAGAUGUUUACUGUCUUGCUUUUUAGAGCUCUUAAUCCACCAUUCCUAGGGGUAUGGAUUUGUCCAUAUACAGUUGCCCUUUUGGGUUGUCACACAUUUUUAGAGGCAAAGACUGGUCUGGAACAAAAAGUUUUUUCCUUUUAUGAUUUCUUGCUCAGUGGAACAAUUUCUUAAUUUCUUCUUGCAGUGUUUUUUUUUUAAAGCAACAAUUGGUGUAGCAAUAAAAUUGCUAGCACAUUUGUAAAGCUAAGCAGGGUCCAUUAUAGUUUCACAUUGGAUGAUGGUGUUGUUGAGAUUUCUGCAUUGCAGGGGGUUGGACUAUGAGUUUUAGAAUCCCUUCCACCUCUAUAAUUCUAUUAUUUUAGUACCUUUGGUAAAUGAUUUUAUAAUUUCAGAGUAGAAGAGUAGAAGAGUCUUGUAACUGAUGUCCCAGUAUAGCAUUCUCUUCCAUGUGCAGAAGAUGCAUGCAUAGAGUACCCAUAAAUAGAUUCCAUACUAGUGAUGUUAAAUUCUUGAGAAUAGUCUUUUGGAGAAUAUUCUCGAUUAAUGAGAAUAUUAGAGAAUUUUCAUUUAAAAUAGGAGACUAUUCAUUUUAAUGCAUUGAAAAUGAUAUAAUUAGUUAAUAUACAUGUAAUAUUCAUGGGUAAUCUUGUUCAGAUGGCAGCCAAAACCUGUACAGAUGCUUUCAUUCAGUGGGGCAAUGCAGUGAAUUCACAUUCUUUGAUUUUUUGCGCCAAACUUGAAAUUGAAAAUUCAACGUGAAUGACUCAUGUUAAUCACUAAGCCUGCCGCUAACUGUAUAUUUAGUAAAAGAACCACAGUGAAAAUAUAUAAGCACAAGCCUAUUUGUCACUUGACUUGCAAGUAUCAAAUUAAAAAGUAAAACAUGUUUUAUAGUUAACGUUAAACCAUUCUAAGGUGAUGGCACCAGCAAUUAUCAUGUUAAGGUUUGGUAUAAGGAAAUUCAGUAGUUAAAUCAUAUUUUAUUCUUCCAUCAGAAAAUGUACAUGUUAAAGGACAAGUCAAUAAAUGCAAUUGGCAUGUUAAGGUUUGAUACAAGUAAGUUCUGUAAUAGGCUAUCUUGUGCUUCUAAUAGUUCUAAUACUUAAUAACUGUUUUGGUGACUAAAACACCGCUUGAUAAACAAAACUACAGUCAUACCUCAUGUUACGUUUGCUUCAGGUUGCACGUUUUCAGGUUGUGUCCCACGGCGACCCAGAAGUACCAGAAAGGGUUACUUCUGGGUUUCGCCGCUCACGCAUGCGCAGACACGCAAAAUGACAUCAUGAGCAGAAGCGGCGACCCGUGUGUGCGCAGACGCGGGUUGCGUUCUUUUCAGGUUGCGAACGGGCCUCCGGAACGGAUCCUGUUCACAACCAGAGGUACCACUGUGUAUGCAUACAUAUAAAAAAGAAGCCAUUAACAUUAAAUAUAUUAUCAUUAUAUGAUAAUAUAUUUCAGUAUGUCAAUCUCUGGUAAAUGGCACCUUGUACCAUUGAAUGGUACUGCAAAAACCAGUUACUGGCACUAAAUAAAAAUAUAGAAACGUCAACUGUUUUAAUCAAGGCCACCUCAUAUGCUGUUACACAUAUAGGCCUAGGUACUUUAAAUGUAUAAAGCAUUAAAGCUACUUUCUGUAAAAAAAAUCACACUGUAUGGCCAGCGGUAUCGAAUUACUAAGAAUAAGGUCACACCAAAAUAGAAAAAUGGGUAUUACAUACAGUUGAAAUACAUACAAAUUCAAAUGUUCAUCAAAUUAAAAGAAUAGCAUUUUUAAAACUAAAAAAAUAUUUUCUGUAGCUCACAUUUCAAAACUGCCAGUGGUGAAUGACACAAUGGCCAGUAAUGUAACUGGAUCAAAAAAAAAUCAUUAUUCAUUACUAACACUGGCAAUAUCACAGCUUGACUUAUUAUUUGCUAGAUUUUUUAAAUGUGGGUUGUAAAACUGGUUCUUACAUUAGAAUUUACAGUUUGUGGAGAAUAUUCUCCGGAGAAUUUUCUAGCAGAGAAUAUUUCUCAAGAAUAUUCUCAUUCUCGAGAAUUUUCUCACCUCACAUCACUAGUCCAUACUUCAUUUCAAUUGCUUGCACAUGGACUAAAUUAAAGCCUAUAAUCUACUGCUAUUUAAGAAGUAAUACUUUCUCUUUGACUAUUUUAUGACUUGAUCCAGUAUCUGGCUAAGUAAGAACAGGAUGUGGAUCAAUAUUUUUUUUAGCUGGUUUGUGAGUUGUUAAAUUUCAUUGAAAUUAGCUGUAGUAGUGAUUUAUGGAGCACUGAUGCUAUCUGACUCUUUGUGAAUUUAAUAGCGGAUUCAAGAUGCCAGUGGAUGCAAGCAAUUUUAUCCUGUGCAAACAAGUCACAGCAAGCAACCUUUGGUUCCACCACCUCCUUUGGGCAAGAAUAUAUAAGAGGCCUUGCAAUAUUCAUAAUAGUUAUUUACCAUGUAUCAGUUAGCAGAGCCUAAAAUUACAACAAUUAGCAUAUGGGUGUCUGCAAAAUAAUUGAGGUUAAAAAAGGACCUUGGGUUCAUAAAAGUUGGGAAUCACUGCUAUAUGAGAAGUAAUAAAGCCUAAGAACAAUUUACAGGAAGCAGUAUUGGAGGUGGUGUUAUUGAAGAGGGGAACUGGCAAUAGCGCCUUUGGAAUUCUUAUGAAAUGGUUCUGGGCAUCCUUACACAAACUCCAUGUAAAACUAGAAAAUGAAAUAAGUGAGUAGGGUAGCCAACAAAUAAUUGUAUUCUGUAGCAGUUUUAGAUGGUCUUGGGGUAAUGUGAUUCCGCUUUGCUAGAGGAACGGUGUCAUUUAAUGGGUAGUGCAGUUCUGCCCCCCCCCCCCGGACAACUGCAGUUCAGUUUCUCUUAAUAUAUUCCGUUGUCUUACACAGGUUGGCAAAAAGGGAUCUGUUGCAGACAUUCUAAACCAGAUUAUGAUCAGCUCUUAGAGAACCUAAUGAUGUUUCUCCAAAGAAGCAUUUUUGCUUUUAUCUUUAUGUGUGUAUUAACUCUUUGAAAUAGGUUAUUGGUGCUUAUAAAGACUGCAAAUUUGGUAUUUAACAAUCUUGUAAGUGUUACAAGAAAAAAACAACUGCUCCUUUUCCCUUAUGGAGUAUCCAAGAGCCUGUAUGGAGACCUUAAGUAGGUUCCCUCUCGGUAGGAGAAAAUAACAGAGGCCAACCAGAGAAUAUUGAGAAGCAAAGCAGCUAAUAAGCCCGAUCUUUAUUAAACUGUUGCAACAGGGUCCUCCACUCACUCCACACAGGGAGGGAGGAGAGGAACCCCGAACAAUGGUGUGCAAGCCCUUAUAUAGACUUUUGAAAUUACCCACCCUGUAGCUCAAUACCACCCCCCAAAACACCAUACAGUGGUACCUCAGGUUUAAGUACUUAAUUCGUUCCAGAGAUCCGUUCUUAACCUGAAACUGUUCUUAUCCUGAAGCACCACUUUAGCUAAUGAGGCCUCCCGCUGCCGCCGUGCUGCCGGAGCACGAUUUCUGUUCUCAUCCUGAAGCAAAGUUCUUAACCCGAGGUAAUAUUUCUGGGUUAGCGGAGUCUGUAACCUGAAGCAUAUGUAACCUGAAGCAUAUGUAACCCGAGGUACCACUGUACAUACAUCACAGAAGGAGGUGGUCUCCAACAGAAAUACAUCACGGGGCAGUCUACCACAGAAAUCCUGUUUGUCAGGAUACAUGACAGUGAUCACUGAUUUCUCCACCUAGGCAGCCUGGCCAUUCCUUUUGAGAUGCUAUAUACUUAGUUACUGAAUCCAGGUCACAGGCUCACCAUAGGUAAAGGUAAAGGGACCCCUGACCGUUAAGUCCAGUCGCAAACGACUCUGGGGUUGCAGCACUCAUCUCGCUUUACUGGCCGAGGGAGCCAGCGUUUGUCCGCAGACAGCUUCCGGGUCAUAUGGCCAGCAUGACUAAGCAGCUUCUGGUGAACCAGAGCAGUGCACGGAAACGCCGUUUACCUUCCUGCCGGAGUGAUACCUAUUUAUCUACUUGCACUUUGAUGUGCUUUCGAACUGGUAGGUUGGCAGGAACUGGAACCAAGCAAUGGGAGCUCACCCUGUCGUGGGGAUUUGAACCGCUGACCUUCUGAUCGGCAAGCCCAAGGCUCAGUGGUUUAGACCACAGCACCACCCGCAUCCAUAUUCAUACACAAACACACCCUUAAGACUGGAUUUGAACAAAGGGACAAUGGAGAGGCUUUCCCAUUUCCUUCCUCACUGCAGAGAAUAUUUGAGGUCACUGGAAGAGUCCAAAUGGCUUCAGGAUUGCUCUCCUGUACUAUUUCAGAAACAUGGUUUAUAUACUUAUGUAAUUUAAGUAGAAGACUGUCAUCUUAUUCAAUGUUAUGACCAUCUUUAUAAUGGCAGUAACAUUAGCUAAUUUAGAAACUCUAGUUUUAAGAUGAAAAACCCUUGAAAUCUGUUUAUUGGUUUUGUUGGAACUGCCUACUUGUGCAGUGGCCCGUUAUGGUUGAAUAGUUGCACAGGUUGUUGUUUUUUAAUGGUGUUGGGUGGGGGGUAGAGAAAGAAUGACACAAUGUUUCCAUCUUUUCAACAAAUUUUCUGAAGGUAGAACAUUCUCCUACCUCUUGUUUACAGUUCUCAACAUUUGGAGGUUCUUCUGAUGCUAGGUAAAUAGCUAGAGAGGGAACCAAACUAUGCAGAUUAGGACUACUUCAUAGUAAGAAUCUUGUUUUCUUUAUCUUGUUAUGGUAAACAUGACCAUUUGGCAAUUAUGCCAAAGAGGGCAACGGUUCCCUCAUAAUCCUUGUACAGUAGUUUAAUGUUGAUGUUACAACUGUUACAAAGUUACAAUAACCUUUUGAUUACAUGGCUUGUGUUUCAAAAGACAACAAAUGAAAUAUGGAGACAAUGUGUGGUUGCACCGGCUAUCUAAAGAGCACAAGAGGCUUGUGCUAAUCCAAUGCUGACUUUAGCCUGAAAUUAGUGAAAGUUCCUUAUUUUGUGUUUGAAGGAGUUGUAAUUGGAUUGGUAUUCUAGAAUGUCCCAAUUGAGCUGAUGGAAAUUUGCUUUUUUAAUAACCUACAUAAUGUGGUUACUUGGUCAUCAACUAUUGUGCAGCUAUAUAUCUUCUUAAGAAUAUGCUUCAUCACUUCCGUAGUCAAAAGGUUAUUCUAGGACAUCACUGAUAAACUUGUGUGCUUUUCCUACAGGAAGUACAUUGCUAUUGAGCAAGUCCUGUGAAAGCUGUUUUCUGAUACGUUGCAACUUAAAAUUGCUUAUGAGUGAUGUCCCUUUCUGCAGGAAGUCUGCUACUGCACCAUUUCUGUCAACCCUAACAAUUUUGCAAUCCUAUUUCCUAUUGAUCUACAAUUAGGGUUUUAUUCAACAUGUACAAACUUAUCUUUUGUAUUUCCCAGUAGUAAUUUUAAGCAUGCAAGUUGCUACCCCCAAUUAAAUGUUGUGGCUUGUUCUGAACUUUAGCACCAACAAGGAAAAAUGUUUUGGAAGGGGUGAAGGGGACAAAGAUUACUUUUUAUGUUUCCAUUCUGAACACCCCAUUAGCCAAACAUACUGAGAGCUAGCUUUAUAUACUGGGACACUGGUAAGCAAGCUACAGAACUAGGUUAUUAAGCUGCAUCUUGUUCUUUCACAAAAACAGAAGUAUCAUGUACAGACCAUGCUCCAGUUGUUUUGUGCCAAGAACAGGGAGUUAAGAUAAGGAAAUGGUCAAAACAUACUGCCCACCUGAACAUUUAAGGUAAUUUUAUACUUGGUUAAAACUGCAAGUAGGAAUGACUGAAUAAAACUGAGAAGUAAAAAACAAUUUGAUUGGAGAAAAAUUUGAGGGAUUGUGUUAAGUGUUGCUGUUCAUCAUUGCAACAAUGAGGGUUCCAAUUGCCACCAAGGAAAACUUUGGACAGCUCUAUCAGUUCCCAUUGAUGAUAUAAGCUUUGCAGAAUUGUUCCACUGACAACUCCACUGGCACUUGCAGGAACCAAAUGUGUGGAACCUACUACUGGUUAUUUGAUGGUGCUCUGCGACUUCUUUUCCUAACCAGUAUGUUGAUCCUUCGACUGACACUCCCCUUGAUCUGACUCUUUGUGAAUGUCUCCGCUGAUCAGUGUGAACUGCAAGCAGGUGUGUGUGGAAAGCAUGAUCAGCCAACCACUCCCUCUGCUCUCCCCACCACCAUAUACACACACCUCACACAGACAGAACUGCCAGGCUGUGUGAACAUAGUUAAUAGUCUACAUUGCAAUCAUAUAUUGGGUGACCUGCCCAUUUUCUCAUUUAGCUUCAAAUGUUGAAAGCUAAUGUUCCAAAUACAUAGCUGAUUUUAGGAUAUGUGUGUAGUCUAUAAAUGAAUACAUCAGAAAGUGACUUUCUUUUAAGCAUGUUUCUGAUUCCCUUGGAGAUUCUUCUUUAAUGAGCAGAGAUCAUUUUUUGUUUGUUUGUAAAAAUGCUAAUCUUUAGUGAUCAGAAGUUGGGGAAGCUCUGUGGCUCCUAGUACAACUUCCUAUUCUGCUAUCCCAAAUCUUGAUUUUGCCAUAGUUAAAAACGUUGUGGCAAGAUGCAAUUCAGACUGAUGGAAUACAGCAGUGUUAACAUGGAGAGCCUACAAUUUCAAAAGUCCUAGAGGAUGACCACCUAUGUGAUGGAUGGACAGUCUAAAACUAACAGUGGGGCUUAUGCCGAUGCAAGAAGCAAACAACAGAAAUGCAGUGUAUCUUAAUUUACAUUUAUGAAAAUAACACCGAAGGCAGAAUAAUUAAAAUAGUACUCAGGGUUAUUUGCCAAUUGCUCUUUGCUCCCAGUUACGUAAAAGUAGGCAGCUUGUAUCAAUGAAGCAAGAAGGCACAGACGAUUUGUUUUCCUUUGUACCCAGAGGAGUGGGUGCUAAUGAUCAUACAUCAGUGUGAUAUGUUAUAGCUUGCAGCACUAUAAAAACAUGACUCUUAAGGCUAGAUUUAUAAAAUGUUACUGUGCUGGGGAGGGAUUACGAGCCUGCUAUUGUGGCAGAGGGGUUGGAAGAAGAGCGAUAAGGAGACCAUGACUCUUCCAGCAGCUCACUACAGUUCUACACUUGAGUGUGGAAAAGAGGGCUUUCCCCUUUUCCCGCAAUUUACUUAGUUUCUAUUCUGGUGCAAGAGCACAAAAUUCCUCUGCCUGUUUACUCGCCAGUGUGGAAUUUGUUGUUGCCUAUAGUUUCCAAGCAAGUGUUUAAACACAGCUGUUGAAAACCUUGCUAGGUUUAUCUAAACUUGCCAGCUAAAACAGUUAACUUUAUCCUGUAAUUUAUUUGAUCCUUGGACUCAAUGAAAUUGUGCUUUUUGCCAAAAUGAUUGCUGUCUGCAACCAUGUAAAAAAAAAUGUGGCUGACAACUUCAGCAAUGCCAGUCCCAUUUUUUGCAGCCUAGACCUACUGAUUUGUCUCCCUAUAUUUACAGGAUCCGAAAGGGAUAUUGUGCUUUUUGGGGAAAGAAGAAUAUUUGCUCCCUAAAUGUUAAUAGAAUUUUUAAAAGCAAUACAGAGUAUAAACAAAUAAAAGGACAGUGUAGCUAGCAUGAUUAAAAAUUAUUAAAAGCCUACUAGAAAGAAAAUGUCUUAACUGCUUGUCUGAAAGAUAAUAGAUAAGGGGCCAGAUUUCAUUCUCCACUAACAGUACACUAAUAUUUUAUCACAUCCUUUACAGUUCAUACACUAGUGACUAGCCAUUCAAGAUGAACAUCAGCUCAAAGGUCAACCAUGGUUAUUAGUCUCUGCAGCAAGACAGAUGACUCUUCAUUGUAAAUAAGCUUUUGGGGAUUUAUAAUACAUCAUGAGAACAUUUGUGGCUAUGUAGGAAAGUGCUUAACCAUAUGCAGAAUAUUUAUAUUACAGCAAAACAGCAGUUGCAAAAAUGGUCAGUUCAGUUUGACCUUUCAGAAACAUCACCAUUGCCAUGACAAGUAUUGACUCAUUUCCCCAGAAUCGGAAGUAAUAGGUCAUAAUGCUUACUUAAAAAGAAAAACGUAUUGUCUUAGUAGGCGUGUUCUUGUAGCCUUAUAAGUUUCCUAAUGCAUAUACAGACUAGCAGACAGACUUGGAAGGCUUCGCUUGGUGAGUAGCUGCAGUUUGUGUGCGUAUUCGUAGUUUGACUUGGAUGUGCAAACACCUCUGGUUCAAUAGCAUUAAAUAUUCUGAUCUUAAACCAUUUGUUUUAUUUUUUAAGCUGCUAGCCAUUUCCGUGUGCAAACGGAACAGUGCUUUAAAAAGUCACAUAUUUAACUUUUUACCUGCCCUUUAUAACGUUACAAAUAUUUUGUAGUGGACAUAAAUGUUUCAACUUUUACAACUUUGUAAACUUUACAACUUUGAACAAAAGUACCUUUUAAUUAUGCAGUGCCUUUCAAAGCCUUCUUUGAUAGUAAAUAACAAGUAUAUUGCUGUAUGAAUGUUGUAAUCUCUGGUAUCUUUUCUUUCACAUUAAACCUUGGAGUGGAGGAAAAAAGCAGUUAUGGAAAAUGUAAUCUUGUCUUCUGCUUAUUCCAUGUGCCGCAUUUUAAAAAUUAAUGAUACUGUAACAAGAGGGCCUUCUCAUUAUUCUUGUGACCUGUUUUUGCCUCUACUGUACAGGUCAUGAUUAGUGGGGAGAAAGCUUAACCAUGUGUCCCAGUUUUGGCAACAUGCUAAGCAAAACCUUGGCUUGGCACGACAGUAAAAAGGACCAGGAGGGAGCAAAGCAACUGCAAACUCCCCUUAGUGAACCUGUGCUAUCCUGGUAAACCAUAGUUUGGCUUACAUUGUUGGGCAAACCAGGACUUGACAGAAAUAAAGCUGUGGCUAAAUUUUAGGACAUUGUCACCUGAACAGAAAUAAACAAUGUCCUAGAAUUGCUGAGUUGUAGUUUCACAUCUGUCUAAAUUCCACAAUGAAAAGUGCACACAGGGUGUGAUUUUUUUGUCUGAUCACUUUUAAAGAACUUAUAUUGGAGACCGAACAAGGAUUAGAAGCUGCUUUUAGUUUCAACAGCUCAAUCAUAUAUGUGGCUAUUCAGAAGUAUCAUUGAGUUCAGUGGGGCUUACUUCCAAGUUACGUGAGCAUAAGAGUAAAGACUUACUAUGGUCAUUAAUGCCAGUGGAGAUUUAAUGUUAUGCCAUAGAUACCAAGGGGAAGAGGUGGUGGUGUAUUUGAGUCAGAAUACUCCCAGUAGACAGAUAAUAACAUCUGAAUUUGAUCUCUGUCAUCCAAUUUAAACUAGACACAAACAGAGUUAUAAUAGUCCCAGUUUUGCUCACUCAGUCUUCAGUUUUAUAAUACCUUAGCAUCUCUGACUACUGACUGCAUAUAUUACGAUAGAAGAGUUCAUUAUUCAUGACAUAAAUAAAUUCUCCUCUCACAAUCCCAUUUCAAAGGCAGUUACACUAUUAAGAAACUCUAUUUUUGGUUCCUAAUAUGUUUUAUACAAAUGAUUGUUUUUUAAAAAAACCAAUUUAGCAGUCCGGAAAGGAGGGUGGGUGUGGGUGUGGGUGUAAAAUACUGCAUAUCAGCUAGGCCUGGGCAAUAUAUCCAUAUAUCGGCCAGGACUGGUAUUAGGGGUAGAUCUCAAUGACAGUUUCACUCAGUGGUAUAUCUCUGGUGAAACCACCACUGCCUGAGUCCCUCCUACCAGCACCCUGCACGCUGAGGGAAAAACAAGCUGCAGCCGGGCAUUGGAGGCAGAGGGACUCGGGAGCAGUAGCAGUUUUACCAGCGAUAUACCGCUGAGUGAAGCCAUCAUCGCGGUCUGCCCUCAUACUGCUGCAGAGGGAGAAACAAGCUGCAUCAAUGAGGUGUGAUACAGCUUGUUCCUUCCUCUGCUUCAACAAGCCCCCGUCCCUCUGGCACACAUGCACGCUGGUUGUGGUUGCUUAGCCGGGGUGAGAAGACUCCUGCCCCCCAGCUGAGCCUCACCAGUCCCUCUGUCUCAAGGCAGCAGCAGAUGCUGCCUCAGUUCCCACUGCUGCCUUUGGAUGGAUUGGGGGAGGCACAAACAGGCUGCUUCCUCCUCCCUGUGAGGGAGAGGCAGCCCACCUGCAUCUCUCGCCCAUCCCAAGGCAGUGGAGGUUGUUGCCCCAGCUGCCUCCGCCACCUUGGAACAGGCGGGGGAGGUAUAAACGGGCUACUUCUUCAUCCAGGGAGGGAGAGGUAGCCCGUUCGCUCCCCCACUCUGCCCAUGCCAAGGCAGUGUAUGAGGCAGGCAAACAAACAGAGUGCUAGCACACUUGCCUCAUCCAUUGCUUUGAUAUGAGCUUCUUUCUGACAUUGUGAUAUAGAUUGCAGUGUUUAGCUGGCGGUAUAUUACGAUGUUGGAAAACAGUUAUUGCCCAGCCCUAAUACCAGCCACUGAACUGCCUCAACAUGAGCCAGUAACAUUUUUGUUGCAGUUGUGGUUGUUUUUCCAGUAUUGCAGGCAGAUUCACUGCAAUAAUUUGUGUCUGCAUUGAUGCAUCUUUCUUAUAGGAUUGAUGGUUCUGAAGCAUAAUCAACCCUGGUACUACUUUGGUGAUACAGUCAUACCUUGGAUCUCAAACACCUUUGCUCCCAAAGAAAUUGGUUCCCAAACAAUCAAAACCUGGAAUUGAGCGUUCUGGUUUUCAAACAAUUUUUGGAAACGGAAUAUCUGGCAUGGGUUCCGUGGCUUCCGGAUGCUCCUGUAACCAAUCAGAAGCCAUGCCUUGGUUUUCGAAUGGUUCCGGGAGUCGAAGAGACUCCCGGAACACAUUCUGUUCAAGAACCAAGGUAUGACUGUACUGCUGUCUUCUUUUAGGGAUGAGAGGGAGUUUGUUGGUGUACCGUCCACUGCACUUUCAAAGAUGCCCUGAUAGAGCUGACACGUGAUCAGUAGUAAUAAUAAUAAUAAUAAUAAUUUAUUAUUUAUACCCCACCCAUCUGGCUGGGUUUCCCCAGUUACUUCUCUGUGACAUCAAACCGGGGGAUAUAUAUAUAUAUAUAUCUUACCCCUUUCUCCCCAGCAGGGAAAUGGGGGUGAGAGGUGGGAAACUUGAAUGUACUUGUAAGUAAUACCCUAUAUUGUCAAAAAUAGAAAAUGUACUCAAAAGUAGUUGAAAACACAAAUAGCUUUUUACAAUUUCCAAGGAAACCCUUACAACUUUGUAAUAUUAAAAAUGCUGUCCUUUGAUGUUAGAAGUGGAACAUGCAAAAGAUAAGGUCAUGUAGCAGGUAACCAUGCAACAUAGAUGGGGAACCUUUUUCAGCCUGAGGACCACAUUCCCCCUGUGGUUGGUGAUGCCAGAGACAAAAGUGAGCAGAACUAAUGUAAAUUUUACUGCAUUUGACUCCCCCAGGUCUGAGGUUUCCUACCCCUGCUGUAAAAGAAACACUAAUGUGCCCAUUGCCAGUUCAGUAUGUACAUUUUUCUCAGAAACAAGUCCCACUGAGGUCAGUGGUGCUUACUUCUAAAUAACUGUGCAUAGGAUGGCAGUCUGAAUGUCUGCAGAAAAUAAAAAAAUGACAUAUUUGAAACAGUGCCCCCCUUUUCUGGUUGCAAUUUUGAUAUCCUACCCAUUAUAUAACAUGCUUUGGAAAGCCUUCAAGAGAGCACAACUGCAAUUUUCCUUGCAUGCAGUCCCUUCUCACCUGUGGGUACAGGGCUAAUACUUGAAUACAAGCCUGUCUUAAUUUCUAAUUAUGCAUAUGGAAGAAAACUGUUUCUUUUGUAGUGGAUAAAUGUAUGGGCUAGGUUGUCUGUUUCACUGAUUUUACUAUGUGAAGCAAAUGUUGUCACAGAGUAUAUUUCUGCUGGGGUGCUUUCCAUUUGCUUUAUACCAUCUGUGCAGCACAUGCAGAUUUAAUUGCACACUUAUUCAGUGGUGGUCCUAAUUAAAAGUUUUGAAAUUUCAGUCUUUAUGGAAGGCUAGUGGCCUAAUUCACACAAUCAAAUCCUAGUUCAAUAAGGCAGGGUAUGCACAAACUUUAAGCACUAGAACACAGUCCCUUUGAUCUUCCUUUUGUGCGAGCACAGAAACAAAAGCUACAGUUUACUAUAGUUUCCCUUGACAUGCGAUCAGGCACUAUGAUUAAUAGGUUCCAAACAAGCAACGAUUCAGAAAUCAAAUGUUUUGAUUGCCUGAAUGGCAUCUCAUUGUUGGGCAACAUGAUCAUCUUGUGUUCUCAGUUCUUCUGUUCCAAGAAGCCUUUUGUGAUAUUGUAGAAUUGUAAGAGGUUCAGAAAAGAGCAAUCAAAAUGAUCAAGGGGAUGGAGCGACUCCCAUAUGAAGAAAAGUUGCAGCAUUUGGGACUUCUCUUAGUUUAGAGAUCAGGCAAGUAAGAGGUGAUAUGAUGGAAGUUUAUAAAAUAACCAUGCAUGGCAUGGAGAAAGUAGAUAGAGAAAUGUUUUUCUCCCUCUCAUAGCACUAGAAUUCAUGGACAUUCUAUGAAGCUGAAUGUUGGAAGGUUUAGGACAAAUAAAAAGAAGCACUUCUUCACUCAGUACAUAGUCAAACUUUGGAACUCCCUCCCCCAGGAGGCAGUGAUGGUCACUAACUUGGAAGCUUUAAAAGAGGAUUAGAUAAAUUAAUGGAGAAGGCUAUCAAUGGCUACUAGCUAUGAGGUAGCAAUACCAAUUGCUGAGGAGGGGAGAAUGCAAUUGUGCUCAUGUUCUGCUCACUGGUUUCCCACAGACAUCCGGUUGGCCACUAUGACAGCAGGAUACUGGACCAGAUAGGCCAUUGGCCUGAUUUGACAGACUAUUCUUAAGUUCUGAUGUUGCCUUUUUUAAAAACAAAAAACUAUCAUUUUGUUGAAAAGCAAAAUUUGUUUAUGAUAAAUAGCCAUAUAAAACUUGAAAAUUAAAGUUCUGUGUAACUUUAAAUCUAGAGUUAUAAACAGUCAUCCCCAUCUUACUGUGGACUGAGCAACUUCUGAAGAGUUCUCAUUUCUCCUGGAAAAACUGUAAGUUAGAAUUUUGGUAUACCAAUACUUAUUGUUGAAUAUGUUUCAUUAACGUAUCUGUUUUUUAUGUACUGUUUUUAAAGUGUGCUGAUUGAAGUAAUUUGCUGUUUAGAAAUAUAUCCUAAAUAUAGCCUGUAUCUUUCUGCUGUCAUAUAUUUAAUGUCUACAGCAGUAUUUGAUUGGGUGUGUGGUUACUAUCAACCUUUGAAUUGGGAUGACUAGCAACUUUUUCAAAACAGGCCUUCUAGGUGUUUAAAACAUCUGGAUCUGAAAGUUUCUCAGGUGCAAUUUACCAUGCAAUUUUCAUGGUAACACUUCAGGUACUGCUUGGAAAAAAGAUGAAAUAAGAUAUUUGUGUGACUAUUAGAAUUACCCAAACUUUUAAUAGGUUAUGUGGCAUUAACUCCACAGUCAGUUGGAUAUAAGCUUUUUUCAUAUCACACUCUGUUUUUAACUGGUGGAGUACUCUGAAGUGCACAAACUUUUAAUGAGAUUAUGUGUUUAAAAGCUUUGAAGUGCACUUUUCUUGAUGCCAGUGGGUUGACCUUAAAUAAUAUGGAAACAAUUAAAACACUGUUUAAUGGUGAGACUUUUCCUCAUCAUUUCAAAAAAAACAAUAAAUGGAGCACCUUUGGGCCAUGCUACUUUCUACAUUAAGAUACCAUACUUUUCUGUGUAUUAGAGGAGGGUUUUUUUUACUCCCAAAUAAAGUAAAAAAAUGGGGGGUCAUCUUAUACCUGGGUAGUGCAGAGGGGGGAUGGGCGACUGGUUGCAUCCGCGAGCAGGAUCUAGCGAUUGGGUGGGUGAAUGGUGUCUGCUGCAAGGGCUGCUUUGGAUUGGCUGCUGCUUUGUCAAAUGGGCAGGUUAUUAGUGGAUAUGGCAAGGGCUGCUUUGGAUUGGCUGCCACUUCGGCAAUUUGGCUUGCGUUGCUUGUGAUUGUUAGCGUUUGCCAGCUGGGUGAGUGAUAUUCAGUUUGGCAUCCCCCCCCCCCAAUUGCUCAACAACCAUGGGCAUUCCCCCCCGAAAAAGCUCAACAACUCUAAGCCAUCUCCCCCCAUUUUCUUAAAUUUGAGCACCCCAAAAUAGGGGGCGUCUUAUACAUGGGGGCACCUUAUAGACAGAAAAGUACAGUAUAUUUUCAUUGUAUAGCUUUUUCAGUCUGUCAGGGAGGUGCUUCUUAAUAACUACUCUUAAACUUUGCAGUUUCCAUCAGUUUCCAUCAGCCUUAGUAUUGAAUGAUUAUUUAUGUUCCUUAGGUAGCCUGCGUUGAUUUCAGAUCUUUUAUUGUGGAAUUGGUGCUAUUAAUUCAUUAUGAAUAGAGAUGACAGCACUGAGCCUUUUGCAAACUGUAUAUUGACCGGCAUUGGCCAGUUCCAAGCAUCUUAAAUGUAUAUUGCACGAAACUGAAUCCUGAGGGAGCUCCUCUGACAGCCCAAAAAAGUUACUUUAGGAGGAGAAGAUUGGAAGUAAUGGUGGAUGAUAGCGGGGCCCUAACCAAUCUGCUGCUUCUGCUGCAUCUCCUCCAUGGAGCCCAAGUGCAUGUUUUACAUUUUGGACCCAGGUGAGGGAGACAGGGUGGGAAGUGAUGGGAAGCACAGAAGCAGCUAAGGAAUUGUGCACGCACGCAUGCAUGUACGCGCGCGCGUGCGCGCGCGCACACACACACACACACACUUUCUCCAGUCAAAAUCUCCCCAUUCCAAAGAAGCUUUUCCUGGAGGGGAAGGAGAAGGGAGUUCAGAUGCACACAUUUAUGUAUAAAUGUAAAGUUAGGCUCUGAAUUGGUGUUGCAUGCUUUGUCUGUUGUCAGACUUCGAACACAAAUUUUCCAGAUCUUUUCUUAAAUUAUGUCAUAUUGUAUCACUGUUCCUCACUAGAGCUUUAACUAGCAUUAACAUUUCUGCCCAUGUGUUUUUGUGUUAUGUGCAACUUACUUCUACUGGAGUGUUUAAUUAACUGGGGGGGGGGGCAUCAAAACAGGUUUUAAGGAAAGCUAAUGCAAAUUAAUGUAAUUUACUUGAAAGUCUUGGGACUACCAUUUUGUUUUUGGCAAACACAAUAUAUUUUUAGAAGUCCUAUUUGGAGCUGUCAAAAUAUACUUCAUUGGAGAGCCAUGGCUGUCACAUUUUAAAAUGGGAAAACAAAAUGAGCAUGCCAUUAUGUGAAAAAUAACUAAAUUUGCAGAUAGCCAUGCUAGUUUAUCAAGAGAAAUGUAAAAGCAACAGUAGUAGCUUUUAUUCAGAACAAUUCAAAUAUCAGCAAAUACAAAGCAAGCUUUCAUUUUUAAAGAAUUCACCUUCAGCUAGAUGCUAAGCUUAAAAAAAAGAAAGGGAUAGGAUAGGAGAAAAUGAACUUUUAGAGCAUGAUGGGGGGAAUUAAAGUGUCUAUAACAUCAAAAUGUAGCAUGUCAAUUGUUAUAUAAAGCUACAUUAGAUCAUGCUCAAAAUCUACAAAACACUGUGUUCCAUCUUGCUACAGCAUGCAGACUUGUGGGGGGGGAGGUAUUUUAAUCAUGCCCUUUUAGAUAAAUGGAAAUUAUUCAUGCAGUACAUAGUUAAACUAUGGAAUUUACUCCCACAGGAGGAAAGAUUAAAAGAGGAUUAGAUAAAUUAAUGGAGAAGACUAUCUAUCAAUGGCUAUUAGCUAUGAUAGCUGUGUUCUGCCUCCACAGUUGGAGGCAGAAAUACUUCUGAAUGGCCACUGCUAGAAACAACAGGAGGGGAGAGUGCUUUUGUGGUGAAUCUUGCAUGCUGGUUUCUCACAGGUAUCUGGUUAGCCACUGUGAGAACAGGAUGUUGGACUAGAUGGGCCGCUGGACUUGAUGGGUCAUGGGCCUGACCCAACAGGCUUAAACUGGUUCUCUUAAACUGGUACACAAGCCACCAGGUGAUCCAUGUUAAAGGUUGCAGAAAAGUUGAGGAUAUCUGUAGUUUGCACUUUAUUCAUUUUUUGUUUUGAUCAGAGCCAUAUUUAUCAAUAAGGCCAACAAGGCUGUGGCUUAAAGCAUCAUAAUACAGUGCUGUUUUUAACAGUGUCAAUAUGGAAUACGAAAAAGUGCAAGUUGAAACUCCCAGAAAUUUUCAAGUCAUCCACACAAGGACAAAGGUGUUCAGAACUGCUGCCGUAGAACCAUAUUUUUUCCUCCCCACUCCCCCGGCCUUUUUUUUUUUGCUGAACAUCUAGCAGCUCAGUGAAAGUCCUGGGAAACUGGAAAGCUUUCCCACUUACUUGUGAUAUUUUGGUUGACUCUGAUAAAAGUUAUUGUACCACAGUUACUUUGGGAUUUAACUAAAUUAGAUUUAAAUUCAUGGGAAAUGUCUUUUUUGGAAUAUUGGUAAUGUAAAGCAUUUUCACCUAUGGAUGUAAAUCAUAUAUUUAUGUUUCUAUAAAAGCUAGACACUCUGUAGGAAUUACUAUUCCAAUUUGAGAAAAUGGAAACUAGGGGAUUUCUUACAAGUCAUAUGGCUGUUACAUAUGAAGCACAAAUUUUUAUUUAUUUUUGAUGGUAUACAUGGCUGGCUUCUUUGCUAAAUUUCCUCAAAGGAAUUGAGGCCUUGACAGAUAAAGUUUUACUGUGAUUAUAAAUAUGAAUCAGAAAUUUAUCAUGUUGCACUAUAUAAUUAAAUAACAUUUAUCAGCUGAGUAAUACAUGCUACUAGUCUGUAGCUGCUGCUGUACCUUAGAGCAAAUUCAAUUAUCAUGAUUAAAUAUUGGGUGCUGCAGAAUCUUAAUUAUUGACAUGCUAGUCAGUCAUUUAAAAUCUAUUUUUAAAGCACAGCGUGUUUCAUCCUGAAACAUCAAAUAUGUUUAUACAUCACUUUGAAUACUGGGGUAUAGCUGUCUGAAUUCCUUGUUCCUGAGGAAUUUCCUGUCCUGUGGUUCCUCUGCAUUAUGCUUCAUCAAUCUGUCCAAAAUAGUCCUUAUCCUGAAGCAUGCUGCAACCCUCCAUUAAGUGUGUAAAGAGAUGAUCCUCGCUUCUUGCUCCCUCAUAUCAGAAUGUUUUGGGCCCAUUUCACAAAACAGUGUUCUGUGCAGCUUCCAGCAUUUCCCCUGGAAAUUGUGAGGAAUAUUUAAGAAAGCCCUAGUGAAAUGGGAGUGAAUGUUGUUCAGUCAACGCCUAUCAUUCCUCUAUCCAUCACUCACUUUCUCCGUUUGCAAAUUUAAACCCUAACUCCCAUAUAGAAUCAAAGACCUAUGAAGAUGAAAGACACCCUGAGGGUUAUCCAGUCCAAUCCCCUGCAAUAUGUCCGUAUUGUGCACAAGACCACUGAGGCUGAUCUGAUUGCAUAUAAGGAUAGGUUUUAUGAAACCAUGGUUAAACUGCAGUGCUGUUAUUUGAACAGAAGAAGCUCCUUCCACAUAAGAAGCCAAAAUCACAUAUCUAUAUUGGCUCAUGCCUGAAUAUUGGGAUAUGUUUAAUACCUUGUUUCGAUCAAACUGUUUGCCAGUCUUAAAGCAAGGUCAGAAGGGAGGCUGUGGAAGCAUUUUGCAAUAAGCAAUUGCAACAGUUCAGUAUUUUGGCCUGCCAAGGAAUCUGAAUGUACACAAGUCCAGUAAACAGUGAAUUAAUGUAGCUUCUGAGUCAUAAACAGCCUGCUAAAUCCUCUCCUGCUCAAGUAAAAAUAUUUAAAGAAAAAGCUAUGAACUUUUGAACACAAUGAUGCAAUACUUAUUUGCUAAACUGGAUUAAAAGUAUAACAUUUUAGGAGUGCUUCUCAAAAAUAUUUGAGAUGGGGUAGAUGGAACAAAUAUUUAUUUCAAUUUUAUUCUCCUUAAAAUCAGUUAUGUGAUGUAUAUAAGUAUGAAACCAGUUUUUUCAACCUCCAGUAUCUAGCUGCAUUUUAUGAUGAAACCAAUAAAGGAUUGAAGCUAACAAACUGUUACUAAUUUUGCCUCCUGUUAUCUGAUUACCUAUGAUCUUCAACCACCAAUAAUCUGCUGCUGGCUUCCAGUAUUUCUAACAUUGCAGUGAUUACUCUAAAACUGAACCACCUAAACCUUCAUUCUGCUUUUGUCUGCGGCUGCUUCCACUUUUGUCGUGCAAAAAACUAAGGCACUUCGAAUCCCUGAAGGACAGGAGACAGAAAGCCAUCCAUUAUGAACCCUAAGCUAGGACUACGCAUCUUUCUCUUGCUUCCUGUGUACUUGUUGAUAAAUCUGUACAGUGCCCUUAUAUUCAUUCCAUGGUAUUUUCUUACAAAUGCUAAGAAGAAAAAAGCUAUGGCGAAGCGAUUAAAAGCUAAACCCGUCUCGGACAGUCCUGGAAGCCCAUACAGAGCCAUUUCACAUCUUGAGUCAUUAGCCACUAUAGACUUGCCUGGAGCAGACACUUUGGACAAAUUGUUUGACCAUGCUGUUGCAAAAUUUGGGAAGAAAGAUUGUCUUGGAACAAGAGAGAUCCUGAGUGAAGAGAAUGAAAUGCAGCCCCAUGGAAAAGUAUUUAAGAAGGUAAUAACUUUGGUAAAUGUUUAAACACCAUUAAUAAGGUAUUUUUAAAAGGUUGAUAAUGUCUUAAAUAUCUUACUUGCAGCGAAUUGGGAUCAUUUUUUAAAGCACUUGGUAUGUUUAGAGGUUCUUGAAAUCUAUGCACUAUUAUUUGUUAUACUAUUCAAAUAGUAAGUUCAGGUUUUUAAAAAAACAAAUACUUUUUUGUUAAAUUAGUAAUAAAUAGGUCAAUGCUCAUUUCAAAAGGCAUCACCCACUGUUAAGUUACUUUGUCAAGCAAACAUAGAUAUGAAGUUUAAUACUUGUUCCAAGUAUUGGAACUAUGUACUUCUGUCUGAAGAUAUUUACUUUGUAUAUAUUUCAGUGGCAUUUCUAUUGCCAUGUGGAUUGUUGGCUGCUAAUCAAGGGAGAGGAUUCUAAAGUACUUCAGAGAACAAUGUUAUUGAACAAGCUGUAUUGAUAGAGUACGAAAACGUCGUAUUUGCACAGACACCUUACUGGGCAGGUUUCUUAGCACUACAAACACAGCUGGCCUAUUUUGAAAGUUACCUGCAUUUCUUUUAGACCAACAUUGUGGCUGACUUUCUUAAUGAUGAAUAAAAUAUUUAGUUUUUAGGCACUCUUGUUCUAGCAAAUACUGUCUCAUAUUAUAUUGAUCAAGUCAUUCAACAGUAUAUUUUACUUAUUUAUUUAGGAGCCUACUAACCAAAGUUCUUGUAUAUUAAACAAGUGUUUUACUCUUUAACCAGCUGAUCUUAGGAAACUAUAGGUGGCUGAACUAUGAGGAAACUAACCAGAAACUGAACAACUUUGGGAGAGGAUUAGUUUCACUUGGGCUAAAACCAAAGAGCACAGUUGCUAUUUUCUGUGAAACCCGAACUGAAUGGAUGAUUGCAGCACAAACCUGUUUCCGAUACAGCUUUCCUCGUGAGUAUUGAUGCUUUAUCUGGCAUAUAUGAGCAAGUUUGUGGAAAAAUAGGACUCUGAUCCCCAGGCUCCUUGUUCCCUCCUUUCCUGGUCCUAUAUUUCCCCCCUCACUGCAAUGUUAUCUCCUAGUUAUCAAAACAGGUAUGUAACUUUAAAAUACAAUGCCAGAGUUUACUGUCCAUGAUGUUUCUGUGUAAAACUCAAAUGUACACAAGGGUAAGCACAGUCGUCAUUUGGAAGUCUCUUGAUUUGCAUGAAUAGUCGCUGUAUUUUUCUUACAAACUUCAGAAUUUUGCAUUGGUGUGUCAGGUUUAUUCUGCUUUGGGAUAGUGGUGGGGUUUUUUUGCAGUAGAUGUGAAACAUAAAAUGAACAUGAAAAACCAGAAUGCUUUUACUCAUUCCUCAAUGCAAAAUAAUUGAUGAUGGCUAAGGAAAUACAAAUUUGGUUUUAGCUUUUUUUUUAAAAAAGCAAUCUCCUCCUUUCUGUUAAACAGUUGUUACUUUAUAUGCGACCCUUGGAGAAGAUGCAGUAACCUAUGGACUGAACGAAUCUGGAGCAUCUUAUCUAAUCACUAGCACAGACCUUUUAGAAGGCAAACUCAAGGUAAGUCUUGAUGAGAUAUCUUCAUUUGGUAUAAAUAAUAUUAAUCUUGCAAAAGAUAUGGGUUGGGUUGCUGUUAAGUUUCAUGGAAAACUAAUUCAACAUUAGGCUGAAAUUCUGGAGAUCAUGUGGACUAACUUGUGGCUAUGUGUAUUUUGUAGUGGGGAUGCAAAGUAUUGUCUUGGCUUAUAAAUCAGUGGGACUCUCAAUAAAUUCCCUUCAUUGAAAUUAUUUGAAAAUUCUAAACAAACAAGUAGCAUAUUGACCACCAUGAUUUGGGCACAAAGCUGGAAAGCCAAAGUGGAAACAAUAUUGAUAGCUUCUCUACCUUUUGUGCAAUGUUCAUCUGAAGGUUUUCAUAGUUCUAGUAUGAACUAAUAUAUAAAAAUAUGCUUCCAUUUGGACUGGAUGUUUAGUGGCUGCACGUAAGGGGAGUAGAUUUUUAAAGCACUGAUACUAGCCCAAACCAUCAUAAGGAUAGAGGUAUCAAAAUAAACAGGAAAUAUGUUAAAAUCCUUUUCUGUACACUGUGUAAUCAACCUUCAAAUAUUUCUUCAUCAGAAUGUUUUGUCAGAAAUCCCCUGCCUCAGACAUAUCAUUUAUGUGGACAAGAAGACUAUCAAUAAGUCAGACUAUCCUGAAACACUAGAGAUCCUUAGCAUGCAAGCAGUAGAAGAACUGGGAGCCAAAUCAGAAAACUGUAAGUGGACCAUGUGAAAAGGCUAGUACAGCUGCUUAAAGUUAUAAAACACUUCUUUCACUAUAGUAAGCAAAGUUGUAAAUAUAUGUUAAUCAUAGGGAAGAAGUAUGAAACUGUAAGCUGUUUAAAAUAUAAGCUUCUCCCUCAAUAUUGUAUGCACAUGUGUAUUUAUUUAAAAUGUUUCUAGCCCAUCCUUCAUCUAUAUCGGGAUAGGAAACUCUUUCCAGCCCAGGAGACACAUUGCCUUAUGGGCAACUUUUUUGGGAGCCAAAUACCUGUGGUGGUGGGUCCAGAUGCAAAAGUGGGCAAAGCAAUGGUGUGACUCUUACCCUUGUACAGUAUCUUACAUUCUAGCCAUGAGGUUUCUAUAACUACCACACAUCUCUUCAGCCUCCUUUCAGGCAAGCGGCAUUAUCACAGUUCAGGAACACAUUUCAGCCCAGGUUAAAUGAGUAAAGGAAAGUUUGGCCUGUGGAAUGGGUGUGGUCUGGAGAGUGUCCCAGGGGCCAGAUAGAAAAGGCCACAUUUGGCUUCUGGGCUUGCAGUUGGUUCCCCAACACUGAUCUCUAUAGAUAUGAGGGUGAAGUACAAUAUAUACUGUACAGUACAUAAUAGAAACAAACCAUACAAUAAUCUUAUAAAACCCUGCAUCUGAAUAAAUAGCAGAUAUAAUCAAAGUACAGUAGCAGGUAAGAUCAAACUAUCAAAUUCUUAAAAUGCUGUGUCAAGUAAGUCCUUACAUGCUGCUGAAAUAAUAACAAUGUCACCACCAGUUGCACUGCUAAAGAGGGGGCAUUCCACAGGCACUCUAGAUUGGCAAUUCUUAUUCCAGUGAGUAGAGUAUUAAAAUUUUGAUAAUGCAAUAUUCCAGGGAUGGGGUCCCAUUUGGUCCACCAGGCUGACAAAUUUUCCAAAAACCAUGCUCACCUCUCCCACAUUGAUGUCAUAUGUGAAGUUGGAUGUAGGACAGGCAGAUAUGUGGCUGGAUCAGCUGCAGAAAGCAGGACUGAAUUCCCUGUGCAGGGAUUUUAAUUCUGCUUGGUCGCUGUCUCCCUCAGUUCCCACGUCUAAAGCUUUGGUAGGUGGACAGAAUUACUACCCCAGGGUAUAUUCCAUACUUGUCCUGUUCUGGUCCCAUAUAUGAGCCCACAAGGCAAGGUAAGAUUGGUUUUCACAGCACCAAGGAGGACUAGUGAACAAUUUGUUCUGACAAGGGUUGGAAGUGAAUUGAAACCUCUUGUGCUUUUGCCUCCAAUCCACCUCUGAUCUUUCCUUCUUGAGGACUAGAGUUUUCUUAAAAGACUAACUCUCUGGCCUGAAGACAGACACAUCUCCUGCAGUUCAUGGCUUAUCACUUUGUGUAGUCCUUGUGGCACUAGAGUGGUUGAGGUAGUGGGAGAAGCGUGCAGGCCCUCAGGCCCAGGAAAUACACCUAUAAGAAUACUGGAUUUGGUUUUAUUUCAGUCCUGCUGCUAUAGGAGCUAGUUCAAUGGGCUCCUGCCUGCAAGCCUCAAAUUAAGUGGUCCUAGCAUCAGGCUCAAAGCCAGGAAUCUGGUCUGGUUCCUUUGCUAGUGACACUGUAGCCUCUGACCUGGUGUGCUGGUCACUGCUGGAUUCCAGGUUCACAGCACCACUCGCAUUCAUUUUAAAACUUGCCUCAUAACAGUCACCUUCAGUGGAAGAGCUUUAUCCUGUUCCUCUGUGCCUGCAUUGGAGCAAAGCAUCAGGAAAACAGCUGAAUCUUCCAGAUGUCAGCCAUAAGUUGAUAGUUCUUUCAAGUCCACCUGAAGCCUUGGCAGAGGGGCAAACAAAGCACCCAGUCAACCAGCUAAUUUGUCAAUAAAGAUGAAGCCUAUUUUUAACCCAUAGCCAGAACCAUGCAUCUUGUUCAGCAGGAAUAGAUAUAAUCAAAACGACACCAGCAGGGUAUGGAUCCCAUUCCUGAGAACUAUUUGAGCCCUUCUCCAAGCAGGAUACUUUUGAUUUAACAUCAAUAUAAAAAUGGCAUGUAGAUGUGUCACAUAUCUUAGUCUUUCACUGCUUUCUUCCCAGUGAGAUUAAAGUUGCUUUGGAAAUUUCCAUUGCUAGAAAGAAGCCCUAGUUCUAAGCUAAGAGACAGAAACUUCUGGGACUUUUUGACCUUUUAUAGGAAUGCAGAUAAGAGUAUUCGGGUUUUGGUUUCCCACACAGAGAAAGCACUUACAGUCGAAUUUCUUCAUAAAUUUUGUUUAUACCUUGUUUUUCAGCUAAGAUUGGCAUCAAAUAUAAAAUAUAAAAUUCAUUUUCUGUGAUGUACUGAUCUGUAAUGUUUGUUGCCCCUGAUCUUUUUUCUAGUAAAUAUCUCUCCAAGUCGACCUACUGCCACAGAUAUGGCCUUAGUAAUGUACACCAGUGGCUCUACUGGGAAACCUAAAGGAGUGAUGAUGAUGCAUAAAAACUUGAUAGCUGGAAUGACAGGACAGUGUGAACGGAUACCAGGGUUGGGGUAAGCAUUUCCUGUUUUUCAAAGAUGUAUGUCAAAAACUCAAACUCCAUUUUUAAAGACAACACUGUCUUUCUGUAAUCAUUUAUGGUGCAAUCCUGCUUUCUCCCCAUGGAGGAUCAGGGCAUAGCAGCAUACCUGUCAACAGCAUGGCAACCAGAGGAAUUGGGCCAAUUAACGCCUUUUUGGUGCUUCCUCUCACCUGUCACUUAGCAAUGAUUAAAGUUCAUGUGGGUGGGUGGCACUUGCUGUUAACUGCAGCUACUGAUGGACAAGCAAGGAGGGAGGGCAGAGAGGAUUAGGUUGGCCCAUUCUAAACCCUCUUCCUAUCACUUUCCAUUCCUUUCUCUAUGUGUUUUUACAUCCUGCCCCCAGCAGAUAGAGAGGGGGACUGCACUCUGGCUGAAUCAUUAGCAUGAGACUUAACUGACAAGGACUAGAAUGGGUUAAACAGAACAGUGUUCAAAAGAAGAGAUAAAUUAGUCUGUAUAAGAUAAAAGUUAUGUGCUUUUCCUAGGAAAUGUUAUUUAUUGAUCCUAGGUUCUUACUUUGGCUAUUUACUUACUUCUUACUGGAUUAUAACUUUGCACCAUGGACAGGAUCAUUCUAAGGCUUUACUACAGCAACAGUAGUGAUAGAGUAUUUAACUGUGCUGCUAAAGUUAAGGGGGAGACAUAGGAGUGGAAAACAAACAAACCCUUUAUAAAACAGAAGUCUGAAAUGUUUGAAUACUAGUCUGAGGAUUUUGCAAUAGACUUUUUGGGCAUCAUAUAUGGGGCCCCACCAAACUGUGCUAGAUAUGUGGGGAGAAGACCAGACAAAGGAAACGUAAGUGCUGGUGGCUGAUACUUCACCAGUAUUUUGGAAAUUGGGUACAUCUUGGAACUGACAUGAAUGCACCAAAGGGAAGGUUUAUUGCCUGGAAGAUUAUUGGUGAGGAAGUGGGAGAAUAGAAACAGACUUUAAAUGGAAACCUGUUGUAGCCUUAAGAAGGGCAAUAAUAAAACAACAGUGGAAACCUAUUUUAACCUGAUGUCUUCAAGCUGGAGAGAAUACUCUGCUUGAAAAUAAUUGACAAGUCCAGGAAGUUGAAUAGUAGGUUCAAAAUUCUUCCCUUUGGUGAGAUGUUUUUAAAGCUUUCGUCUGUUCAGUAAUUUUUGCCUGGCUAUAUGUUAGAGAACAUAGAUCCAAGAAGCCCUCAAUUAUGAAAAAGGAAUGUAGAAUAAAAACUGUUUUCUGUGCUUUAUAAAAAGAGGAUUAGACAAAUUCAUGGAUGGCAAAGCUAUCGGAGGUUAGUCUCCACAAUGGCUAUGUUAUACCUCCACUGUCAGAGGCAGUAUGCCUCUGAACAAAAAUUGCUGGGAAUCACUGGUGGAGGAAGUGCUGCUGCACUAAAGUUCUGCAUGCAGGCUUCCCAUGGAUAUUUGGUUGGCUACUUUGAGAACAGAGUGCUGGACUGGACGGGCCUUUGACCUGAUCCAGCAGGGCUCUUUUUAAGUUCAGAUAACCUGCAUGCUAUACUGAAUCACAUAAUUUUUCUCCUUUAGACCCAAGGACACAUACAUUGGCUAUUUGCCUCUGGCUCAUGUAUUAGAACUGACAGCAGAAAUUUCCUGUAUUACUUACGGCUGCAGGAUUGGAUAUUCCUCUCCUCUCACACUAUCAGACCAGGUAAGCAAAUGUAUUGACCUCUCCUGUUGGUUGUUCAGAAAGAAAGAAAUGUAUUAACAUUCAGUUGAAUUAACACAACAGUUGUGAAUAGCAUGGAGAUGAUUAGCAAUCCUAGACUUGCCACAUGUUCAAAGCGCAGUAGUGGCUAGUGUAGGAAAGUGUAACAUCCAAAAAGGCACUCAGGAAACCUUGCUCAGGAAACUGGUUUUAGAAAAAUCUAGUUCAACAGCAUGAUCCACCCCUCACCACCCAUAGUCAUCUUUAGGAUCAGCUUUACAACUAAAUAAAAAGAAUUGUACCCAUCCAUAGCACUCUUAACAGCCUGCCCAUAUAUAUGUGUAUAUAAUGGAGUGUCUUGAACAGGCAAGCCCAUCAGUUGCUUACCCUGACGCACUAUAAUAUGUUGAACAUGCAAUGAAUAAUAUUUAUCUUGCUCACUAACUGAAUAGCAUGCACAGAUCUGUGAUGCCAGGAAAAGUUUUGCAGCUCCCUUAUUGUGUGAAUAAAUGGAUUUAAGCUAGGUUUCAAAGAGCACCACUCCUCAGUAUUUUGUUUCAUUACUUAGUUGCAUCAAGCCCUGCAGAUAACCACAUACAACUUUGCUGCUUCUUUUAGUAUUGAAAAGUGUAUUGUUAGUGGGCUUUCUUGUGUUUUUGAGGUUCAUUCUCUUUCACUGAAUGGAAUAAAGUAAUUGUUUUUGGAAUGUGGCAGUCUUAGGGCUAUUAAUGUACUUUUAACCGAGAUUCUCAUACUCUUUUCUUGCAGUCAAGUAAAAUUAAAAAGGGAAGCAAAGGAGAUUGUUCUAUUUUGAAACCAACAUUGAUGGCAGCUGUGCCUGUAAGUAUGGGCUGGGACAAGUGGCUAGUAAAAUACUUUUAUUUUCCAUAUUUUUUUUUAAAAAAAUAUUUAUUAAGUAUUCCAAUUUAAUAAUCCAAUAAAGGCCACAUUAAAGAUAUUCCGAAUUUUAAAAUAUCGAAACAGUCCAGAUAUUAAGCCAAACCACAAAUCUUUGUUUGACUUCCUAUGCUCUGAGGUUGGAGGAUUGCCAUCAUCUCACAUUUGCGCUGCUUUCUUAAUUAGUCCAGGUGGUUCCCAUAAAUCAAUCCAAUGUUAAUCCUUCGUUCAUUUUCACAGCCUCUGAGUUCAUCCAGCAAGCAAGUUAUAUCAAAACAGUAUGUUUCUGUGUGGGUGUUUAUUUUCUUCCAUGUUUUUCACUUUGGCUUCUUCAUGCCAGUUGUUACCCAAUACAAUACAUCCCAAAAUGGAAGAAAUCUGGCUUUCUGUCAAUUGUUACAGGCAUAUGUCCAAACCUUUCCGUUUCGUCUCAUACCAUACCAGAACAGAUAAGCCUGUACUUUGGCUAGAAGCCUCACUUCCCAUCUUCUGCUCUUAACAGUCCCAUCAGAAUUAAUUGCAAGUUUGUAAAUCUUUUCCACACAGUUAAUAAUUAGAUCAAAAUUAUAUCAAUAUUACGAUACAGUCCAGUCUCACUCGCAUACAUAAUCAAUCGGUAUUCAGACUUUCCAGGGGGAUUUGCCAAGUAAAAUAGCAAAUACGCAGUAUAUCAAAAAGAAACAAAGGUGGCUCCCCCCCCCUUUCUAUUCCGACAUACCAGUUUCAUAGUAAAGAUAAUCUCUCUUCCACUUGAAUCAUUUAGCUCCUCAGUGGCUGAAUCAGUUGGCAGAGUAGUUUAUCUCCCCUCACUCAGAGCAUGCUCGUUAAUUAAGUCCGAAUUAUCAUCUUAAAAAACCAGGAGUUUCUUCGCUCAUGUUGGCGACUUUGGAGAGUUGCCAAAGAGAGACACAGUGUUUUCCACCCAGCGCCCCCUCAUUCCUACCAGAAUGGGGGGCAGGUGUUGGGCGAUCUGCGGAUGAAGCUGCCCCCCCCCGGCCCUGGGGUGGUUGGGAGGAUGGUUACUUCCACCUCAUCCUCAAAAUAUCCUGCGCAAAAUGGUAGAGAUGUAAUCAACAGCCUCCGCCAUGGCAAGCCAAACCAGAAGUCUCCUUUUAUUUUCCAUAUCAUUCACUCCCAACAGCCUCAGCACUAAGAAGUAGAGUGAAUCUGUAUGGUAACUUUUUAUUUUAAUUUAGUAGUUAAAAGGUACAGUGACAUAUCUUCCCCAAUAAGUGUGUACAUAGGAUUGCAAUCCAAUAUAUAUAUUAUACAUUUUAGAAUUAUAUUUGGUCCUUGAGUCUGGAAUAUUUGAGUGCAUGAUUGAGUGCAAAUAAUCCAUGCUAUUACUAUAGAUAUCUUAGCAGCUAAUAAUUUACAUAGCUGACUUGCUGUUGAAUAUAGGCAACCUAACUUAUCUUCAUUCCCUGCCACCACAAAAUAUUGUGAUUUUAACCAGCAAUUGAGGCUGCAAAACUAUGUCCACUUUCCGAAGAGUAGGCUGCAUUGUAUUUCACUGGGAUUUGCUUCUGAAUAGAUAUGUACAUGACUGCACUGUGAAAGACCUAAUGCAAGCUAUGGCAGAAAGUCCAACUUGCAGAAAAAGAACUUACUUCAUUAAGUUUCAUGAGUGUCCCAUAAGUCUGAUCCAUAUAAAGUAGCAUGCUCAGAAAAUAAACAAAAGUCAGUGCUGGGGCAAUUGGAAAACUCCUUUAUGAGUUGUUGUUUUUAACAAAAAGAAAAGAAUGGGGUGGUUAGAACUGCAGACCUUGAAGGUUGUCCUCAGAUACUAUAGUGAUGCAAAUUAGACACUGUUGUAACUAUUUCUUAAACAUUAAAAACCAAUGUGCUAUACUAAAAUCUUGUUGAAAUAGCAUAGCUCAGAGUGAAAGGGAGGAAAGCUCAAUUUUUCCAUUGUGCAUUUCAGCUUGUGCCUACGCAGAAUGGCUCCCGGCUAACAUUGACCAUAAAUAGAUUAACUAGACUGUACACUAAGCAUUGCACAACUAAGGAAAAACUAAGCUGUUUAAAAUGAAUGAGAUUCCUGUUUCCUCUUGCCUUUUUAGAUUGCCAGACUGUACUAGUAUAAGCAGGAAUGGUAUUUUUUCUCAACACUCACCUUUAUAAAAAAAUCUUUCUAUAGGAAAUCAUGGACCGAAUUUAUAAGAACGUUAUGAGCAAAGUUCAAGAGAUGAACUAUAUCCAGAAAACACUAUUCAAGAUAGGAUAUGACUAUAAAUUGGAACAAAUAAAAAGGGGUUAUGAUGCACCUCUAUGUAAUUUGUAAGUAUAUUUCAUAUAUGUGCCAGUUAAUAUGUUAAAGCUACAAGUAAUUAUAUAGCUACGAGUAAUUAUAUAGGGAGCAGCAAUUGAGUAAAUGCGUUUCUACUAAUUUUGUAUUCUAAAGAACCAGUGCAAGAAGCACCCCAAAUAUGGUCCUGCUGCUGUACAUCCUCAAGUGUAUCUGAAUAAUUCUUACGUAGGGGUUAAUCUAUUGCACUUUAGGCUACUAUUCCAAUAUUAUCUAGGUUGCGAAACCUUUUUAACCUUUCUACCAGAUGAAACAUUUUUAGUGCUAGCACUCAACAAAGGGCAUAGAGUGGAAGUUAAAACCAUAAAGUUUUCUCCUGACAUUUCAGUGGGCUUUGGAUGAAUGCAUUGCGGUCAGAAUGUGCACAUUUGGAUUUGAACUGCACAGUCUAAAGCUGGUUUGAAACACAGCCAUUAUUAUUGGGUGUCAUGUAAAUAUGCCUCCAUUUAGUUUCUUAAAAAUGGGACGGCUAGCCACUGCUGUAACAAUAGGGCAUAAUCCAGAUCACAUUGUUUGUCAGGAAGGAGAUCUUGGAAUUGCACAUACUUGUUUAUUAAUGCUAGUUUCUUUUCCUUUAAGACUCUUAUUUAACAAGGUGAAAGCACUCCUAGGAGGGAAUGUACGCAUGAUGCUUUCAGGAGGAGCGCCCCUUUCACCUCAAACACAAAGAUUCAUGAACAUUUGUUUCUGCUGUCCUGUUGGCCAAGGAUAUGGGUUAACAGAAACCUGUGGAGCAGGGACGAUUACUGAAGGUAACAAUUUUGGGUUACAUCAUCUCUGUUUCCAGGAGGUCGGUAUGGUUUUCUGCUAAAUACCAUAUUUUUUGCUCUAUAAGAUGCACUUUUUCCCUCCUAAAAAGUAAGGGGAAAUGUGUGUGCAUCUUAUGGAGGGAAUGCAGGCUGCGCAGCUGUCGCUGAAGCCAGAACAGCAAGAGGGAUUGCUGCACAGCGAUCCCUCUUGCUGUUCUGGCUUCUGGGAUUCGGAAUAUUUUUUUUCUUGCUUUCCUCCUCCAAAAACUAGGUGUGUCUUAUGGUCGGGUGCAUCUUAUAGAGCGAAAAAUACGGUGAUUGAAUUAACUUUUCGCUGGUUGUUCUUUUAUCUAGUCUCUAUACGAUGCUUCCAGAGAAUCUGUUUGUUGAGCAUUCAUCUGAUUUGUUAUCUUAAAUGUAUGGGUAGGUUACACAAUGUUGCAUCAAGCAGUUGUUAUCUGAUGAUUUUCAGUCAUUUUCCCAUUGCUUUCUUUACUACAAAAGUCUUAUUUUGUUUUAUUUUGGAAGUGGGUUUGUUGCACAAGAGCGCCAAAUCCACUUGAAUUGCACUAGUUGAAUUUGCCUGUUUCUGCUUAAAUAUCAUCCACAAAACAGCAACAGUCUGGAAGCACCUAGAAUUUUAAAAUGGAAAAACUCUUUUGGCUGUUGUCUUAAAUCUUUUCUGAUUUUCCUCUAGUUUCUGACUACAGCACUGGCAGAGUAGGGGCUCCUCUAAUCUGCUGUGAGAUUAAACUGAGAGACUGGCAAGAAGGUAAGAGAGCACUGCAUGUCCAGUACAAAUUACAUCAGCACUUUCCAUUUUUCAGUUACUAAUAUAAUGCACGUAUAAACCCUGAAAAACUUACCAGUCAAACUUACAGACCAAUCCUAUACAUAUUUGUUCAGAAGAUAAUUCCAGUUGAGUUGAAUAGGGCUUGCUUAGUAAGCAUGUACAAGAUGGCUAUGUUAGCUGCAAUUGUAUGCUCACUUACUGGAAAUAAACCCCAUAUUUUUUUGGGGGGGGGUCCUUAAUUCUGAGUAACCAUGCAUAGGCCAGAGUUGGUGUCAUCUUCAUGCCUGUCAUGUAACAGGCUCAAUUGGCUUGGCAUUAAGGGGGGGGGGGAGCAUUUUAGGCAUUGGUCAUUCCUAAUAAAGGAUGGCAUUUUGUUGUCCCUGUGAAUUUGGUAUCUUGAUACAGUUAAUCAUUGAUGUUCACUUCUUCAGUACAGCAUUUUAUUUUUAUAUAGCUUUACUGCUUAUUUUUAUAGCCUGCUUUAUAGCUGCUUUGCUUUAUUUCUCAUUGAUUGCAGGAAAGCAAGAACUAUAAUUGUUAUUGCUAAUUAUUUUAUAUAACUUUUUCAGGAGGCUAUACAAACAGAGACCAACCAAACCCUAGGGGAGAGAUUAUAAUUGGUGGACCUAAUGUCUCAAAGGGAUACUUCAAAAAUGAAGAGAAAACAGCUGAAGAUUUCAUUGUUGAUGAAAAUGGUCAACAAUGGUUUUGCACUGGAGACAUUGGAGAGUUUCAUCCUGAUGGCUGUCUGCAAAUCAUAGGUACCUUAUCUUUUUUUCUGAUUGGACUGAAGUUUGAUACUUAAACAUUUAAUAUCCAAUGUGUGUCAUACUGGAGAAGAUCUGUAGAAAUCAGUGGACUUAAACAGGUUCCAUUUAUUUCAGUGAAUCUACUCUGAAUAUGAUUUGGUUGGAUUUCAAUCACCCAUUGUAUUAUGUCUUCCUGUUAUACAGGAGUGUGCUAUAUUAGAGCCUUAACCAAAUUCUGUCUUGCCGUACAUCUUAACAGAAAUUCUUUUAAUCUUGACUUUAAAUUUUAUGUAUACAUUUUUUACUUUGGCAUCGAACUCAUAGUAGAGUCCCUAUUGCAAAGGCAAAUCCCUUGUCACUUUGAAUAACAAAACGAAACAUCUGAUUGUAUAUUGAGCUUUCCCCUAACACAUGGUGUAAAUAGAAACAUUUAUCUGGGUGUUUGCUUCACAAAUGCAGUGGGACAUAGUUCUGAGUAAAGAUGUAUAGGAUCAAAUUGCAUGCUCUCUCUAAAGCACCAUUUCACCCAAUUAUUUCCCCAGAUCGCAAAAAAGAUUUGGUGAAGUUGCAGGCAGGAGAAUAUGUAUCGCUGGGCAAAGUUGAGGCAGCUCUGAAAAACUGUCCACUUAUUGACAAUAUAUGUGCUUAUGCCAAAAGGUAGGUUUGUAUGAAUUUGUGUGCUCAUAAAUUUGAUUUGCUGGUCUCUGGGAGGCUUUUAAAAAACCCAAAUUACUUUGAAAAGCAAAGUAGCAUAUUUAGUUAAAAUGAGCCUUGUUCUUUACUAUCUAAAGGCUUUCUUGCAUGACUAUAGAAUUGCAGGAGUGGAAAUUAGACACAGGGCUGCUUCAACAGGUUUGGAGCUGACACACAUGCCUUUCCCUAGCUCAGGUUACAGGUACAUUAAGUUGGCACAGAGAAACAGCAGCUGUUAACUCUCUCAUGGCUCUGGAAAGAAUUGCUGUAUUCCAAGUAGGUAGCACCUGAAUGUCUCCAGCAUUUUACAAGUAAAAAAUCAACCCUUUUUUUCUUCAUCUUUAGUCUUUAUAUAGAAAUGAGAUAAUUAACAGCAACAGACUUUUCCUAUAAGUAGUAGAAAAACAUGGGGCUGUAUUUUCCUUUUUGUUCUUACUAACACUUCUGUGUUGGAAUUGUGUUGAAUCUUACAUGCACUCCUUUUUUUCUUUUCAAGACUAUUAAUCAAACGUUGUGAUAAAUGAGUUGUCUCCAGUGGUUUAUAUCCAACUAAAUUUUACUUAGAGCUGACCUAUUGAAAUUAAUGAACCUUUCAGUUGUUGCCAUUAAUUUCAGUGUGUCUACUCUGAGAAGGACUAGCCUUGGAUACAAUCCACACUACAGAUUUGAAGGAUUGGAGUACUUUUAUAGGAGCAUAUAUUUUUUGCAAGCAAAGAAGUAUGAUUCUGGGUCCUGAAUGAAUUUCUCCUGCAUUCUUUUCUAGUGACCAAUCUUACGUCAUCAGUUUUGUGGUUCCUAAUCAGAAGAAAUUAACUGCUCUUGCUGAACAGAAAGGUGCAACUGGCAGCUGGGUGGACAUCUGUAACAAUCCAACAAUGGAAUCUGAAGUCCUGAAAGAGAUUAAGCAGAUGGCUAACAAAAGUAAGCAAACAGCUAUUUCUGGGUAUCAGAAUACCAUUGUAAUGAUACAAAAGUCAGACCUGAAACAAAAUGAGACAAUAGCAGGAGUGAAGGACCCUCUUUGGCGCAAGAGCCACAUUGAGCCCCACAAGCUUUCUAACUAGCCCUCAAGACUCUUCCAUGCCACUGCCUCUCACCCCAGGCCAUAUAUAGCCUUAUCGCCUAACCCCACUCAUACUUGGGGUGUCAGCCAUGCCUUCAUUUUGGGUUUGUUUAUUUUUAAAAUACACCCCUAGAAACCUGUUUUCCCCAAACAUAGUGACACUUUCUUCUUGUUUCCAUGCUCGUUCUGUUUCUUUGGGUGGCAGGCAGGAAAAGGUCUGGACAAACACUUUUUGGUUACUUGCCAUAGAAAGUGGGGGAUAUUGUGUGACUGAUUGAAAUGCUGCCUUUUAGGGAUCCAAUUUUCCCCUCCUCUCUUUCAUUUUAAAAGAAGUUGUACUGGAAUAGCCCAUGGAAAUUCGGUAUUCAGCUGUCCAGGACUGCCAUCCUUUCCAUUCCCAAGAUUCCAGCUCCUGGAUGCAUGCUGAAUACACAGCUUACUUGCAACAUUGCUGUGCUUCCUUUUACUUGAAACUUGCUGCGUGGUAUUUAAUGCUAUGAACUGUGCCAAGCAGUGUAAGCCUAGUACUCGAGCACUACAGCAUAGCUGAAUGUGUUGUGGGCAUAGCAAGAACUGUACUGCAAAGAGAAUUCAAAUUAAGAGUUUUAGGAAAUGGGAUCUGAUUAAAACCCGAAAGCAUUAGGAAUAAAUGCAAAAAUGGAUCCUGACCUGGGUUCUCUCUCAAAAUGUAGGGACUGGAUAUGCCAUAACUGUUCAAUAGAUUUAAAUAUAUUGAUUACCGGGGGUGGGGAACGGUCACUUAAAGUUAACUGGGCUGUGUAAGGGUAGAAAAAGCGGAAUUGCUUCUUGGGAUGCAGACAGCCCUUGGGAACAUCCUAAUUCAUUACUCUCCUGCCAUCUAGUGGCUAUAUGUACACCAUUUUUUUCUUUAAAAAAAACACACCCGCAAAACAUUUAGGCUUUAUUUAAUUCAAUUCAUUUAUUUUGCCUCAUAUUUUUAGCAAAAUUCUCAUAGCAGUUACCAAUCCAAGUUUAUAUUAACAUACUAUAAACAGUAGAGAAAAUAUUCUAAAACACCAGUUUAUACAGUAAUGUGUUGACAAAAAACAACAAUGAAAUGUAAUGAAAGAACAGUAUGACCAUUCCUUUACCCACAGGAUAACAAAAUUAGUAUGUUCAUAUGGGAACAGGCAGUCUUUUAAUAAGUACUUUCUUAGCAAAAACUGGUACAUUUUAAAUGGGAGCUUUUAAAUUAAUUUAUUCCACGUUGGCAGUUAACUCAUCAUAGCUUGCUUGUUCCUACAGCAAUAAAAACAAGUUGUUAACCAAUUGCUUUCCAGAAGUCCCAGUUUAAUUCAUUGUAAGCCAGAAUGGGAAUUCUUACUUGAAGAAGCACAACACACCGAAAUUAAUGUUUAUUACAUUCUGGCAAAAUAAAUAGCCUGAAUUUUAUUUCAAAAUUUGUUUAAAUGUCUUGUUAUAUUAUAAUGAUAAUUUAAAAUUAAAUAUAUUUAUUGAGUUACAUUCCUGCUCACACUUCAGAAAAGCAGCACAUGAAGCUCUGCUUUCUUAAAUUAAUUUAUACCAUACUUUUCUAUAUUACCUUGAAUUGAUCCUGUAAACAAAUUAGCAACCAGUGAAGAUGUCUAAGGAUUGGCAUAAUUUGAUCUGAUCCGCUGGCUCUGGGAAAAAGCUUGGAAGUACAGUCAUACCUCGGGUUAAAGUAACUUCAGGUUGAGCAUUUUUGGGUUGCGCUCCACUGCGACCUGGAAGUAACGGAACGCGUUACUUCCGGGUUUCGCCGCUCGCACAGAUGCUCAGAAUGAUGUCAUGCACAGAGGCUGCGAAUCGCGACACGUGGAGACGUGGGUUGCAUUCUGCUCUGGAUGCGAACGGGGCUCCGGAACGGAUCCUGUUCGCAUCCAGAGGUACCACUGUAAACAAAAUGCUUUGGAGGUUUCUGUAUUGAGUAACCAAUAUGCAUAUUUACAUUUAAAAAAAAUAAAUAAACUAAUAUUCAUAUAGUCUAGUCAGUUCCCUGGUGUUCCUUGGAACAUUAUCGGUGAGGGGUUCUUCAGUGAAAUUAGCAGCAAUGAGUGAUGUUCACUUAAAAAAAAAAAAAACUACUGCAAUGUGCAGCUGCAGGAAUGUCUUGGAAAUAUUCUUAGUCACAUGUGAGUAAAGCCCAACAGACUUGACCUGAAAAUGCAGAAUCUGCUUCAGUGCAUGAGGUUUCCAUGGCAGACAUUCAGGAGAGCAGUGAUGAACAAACAUCUGUGCUAAGAGUUCCUUGAAGCUUGAAAAUCAGUGUUGUUUCCUGUGUUAAUCUAGGCAGUAAAAGCUCUCUCUUUACUAGACUUCACACAGUUGAAUAUUUUGUGCAGGCCAUGUUCAUGAGCACACAUCAGUUGAGUAUUAAACCACUGUCAUGUUUCCUAAUCUCCAUUUUUCACUCUCCCAAAUUGAUCCUGCAGUGAAACUUGAAAGAUUUGAAAUACCAGUCAAAGUGCGGUUAAGCCCAGAGCCCUGGACUCCAGAGACUGGGCUAGUCACAGAUGCUUUCAAAUUGAAAAGGAAAGAGCUGAAGAACCAUUACCUCAACGACAUUGAGCGAAUGUAUGGCGGUAAAUAAUCUCCACACAUCGGGAGUCAAGAUGUUGUGCAGGAUUCCUUCUAAAACAAAGCAACAAAUGUCAUUCCCCAAACGUUGGCUAUAAUUAUAAAUGGAGAAGUGGCAUUUUGUGAAAUGGAUGAAAGCUACACUUCAUUUUCAAGAAGGAACAAUACUGGCUUCCUGAACUGUACUUUCAAGAUGCUGUCCAAAUGACUGACCCACUGCCGUAGUUUCAUUUGAUCACUCCCAAUAAAGAAUGGUUGUGUCCAUAUGAAACUCCCUCACUGGGUAAACCAUUGUUUUUAUCUUUUUGUAUUCUGGCUUCCCUUACUCAUAAGGAAUUAAAUCAUCUUUAAUAAUUUCACUAUGAUGAUUUUCAAGUGGAGGAAAAAAUGAGCUUGUAUUUAAUUUAUGUGUUGUAUAUGGAAAAACUGAAGAAAGAGUAAGCAGAAUGAAGCUUAUACUUUCCAGAGUGCUGCUCAUAAAUCUGCAAUCUCAGGUCCUUUGGUAGAGAAAGUAGUUUCUUUUAAUUUGACUGUCAUUAUGUAGAGCUAAAAGACAGAAAAAGAUGUUUCUCUCUUGAAUGCUACUUUCACAUAGCCAAAAACAGAUCCACAAUGAUCCUAGCAUGCAUCUGUUUUGCACCAUGCGUGUGUUUGGUAAACACACAGCAAUUUAGUUUAUUAAAAUGUAACUGAUCAGAUUUUUUUGGAACAGAAAUGUUGCCACAGGGUACUGUGGGGGUUUUUUGAUAGUUAACUGAAUACACAUUGAGUGCAGUUGGCCAUAGUUUAGGCUCCUAAAAAGCACACUUUAGCUGUGUGGAAAUACUCUGGAAGAAGAGACACCUGUGGUACUUUUUAUGGUAUUAAAGACCCAGUUUCAUUUUACCCUACACUGAAUAACUGUAAAACUAGCUUCUGCCCUUUAUUGAUAACAGACCACAUCAUUCGGUUCAUGAAUUUAAUGUGGACGGGGCAAAGAAUGCACUACUGAUGAGAUAUUCUGCUUGCCAGUAUUUCAGUGUUUUUAGUGUCUAAAAGGGAAACAAGUACACUUGUACAGUGUACACUUGUACACAAGUACAGAGCUGAUCUGUAAUCCAUAUUCAGAUGCAUCCUAUCUGUUCCUUAAGGGUUGUGUCCUGUACUAUCACAAGGAGACUCCCCCUAUUCAAACACCAAAGGAUCUAAAAAUCCUUUUCUAAAUGAUGACAAGUUCGUGAUCUUUACCACCUCCAACACUACGCUGACUUCCAAUGAUAACGCAGCAUCCAUAAGUUUUCAGAUUAUUAGCACACUCCCUUUGAAAUCAAUGGGACUAAACAAGUUUGAUGGCUACAGUAGUCUCUGUUUUCUUAAGCAUACACUUUUACUUACUAAGUAUGGUGAAUUGGGAUCUCUGCCUGCUCUUCCAAGCACAUCAACACCAGAAAUUAAGUCCUAUGGGUUUUUAUGUUAUUUUUCCCCCUCUGAAAGGGCAUUUCUAUUUCUUUUAAUACACCACACAAGUCAUAUGUAAAAGCUUAAUUUUGUAUUUGUGAGUGAUGAAUUUGGUCUUUGGAAGUUUUUGUUUGAGGAUGUGUUUAAAGGGAAAAUACUGUAUUUAAAACUUCUGUUUUGUGAAAACGUUUGUUUAAAAACUGGAAUUCUUGGUGUGUUGAGAAGAGAGUAAGGCAGCAACUCUCCUGUAUUUUGUGUUUUGUGUACUGCAUUCAGCUGUCUCUUACUUUUUCCCACCCCCUUGAGUUCAUGCUCUGGACUUUUAUAUCCUUGCUAGCAGUUCACACUUGAAUUAGAAAUGCUGUAAGAUGUGGCAAUUCUUGAUGCUGUUCUAUUUUGCACUUUUUUCUUAAUACCUUUUUAUACAUUGCUUCCAGUUUUGUACAGCUGUGACCCUUGAUUGCAAUGUGUCAUACUUUGACUUGGCUCUAAAAAUAUUUAUAAGAUAGAUUUCUUUUAUUCAUAAUAUUUAAGUGUGUAUAUUAUGGUCAAAAGAAAACAAUCCAGUAUUGUUUCUAAAUAAUGAAGGGAUUUUUGUAUGAAAUGUUGUUCCUGUACUCAAGAUUUGGGCAAGAUUUCCUUCUAUGAAGUGUAUGUGUGGGUCAGUCAACCUUCAGAGCAACAACAAAUCACCAGUUUCAGUUAUUGUCAAACCUAUUGAGCCAUUGUUCUGGCCAGAACUAGCUCUUCUGUCUUUAAGGACCAAUUUUAAUUUUUGAGGCACAAGGAUCGUUUAGACAAUUUUUCAACCAUCAUUCUCCCAUCAAACCAGCACACUGCCAAUUGAACUUGUCAAGUCCAAUCUGAGGGCUGCUAAUGUAUGACGAGUCCUACAUUGGGACCAGAAAAACGCCUCUUGGUAGCUCCUCACUAAACACAUACACUUGUUUACAUAAACAGGAAAUCCUUCCUCUAUUGAUUAGGGAUCCCCUCCCCCGAGCUCAUUGUUGAAGUCUACUAUAUUCAGUAUGUGAUAAAAAUUGCUCUUUCUUAGACACAAAUUUGCUAUAUUGACUUCGUCAAACACGACAAAUCUUUAAACAACAAAUGUAUGGAGUUAAUAGCUGUUGUGUGCUUUUAAAUCUUAACAGCAGCUUGUGGUGUUUGUUUAGAAUGCACUGAGUAUAUCUCUGACCUAUAUAGUCUCUUUGCUCUGGUGUUACUGUGGCCUUUAUUGACUAACCUCAUUUUUGGUAUUCAUGAAGAUAUAUUUUUAAAAGUUCCCACUGUGAAAGUCUCGCAGUUUUCUUCCACAGCUUAAGACUCGUCAUAGUUGUUUUUUGUUUUUUGUUUUUUGUUUAAAGUCAAGUCCAUAUAAGAUUCACAUGACUUUCUAUUACAUAAAAUACAUUUACAGCACAAUCCUUUACAUUUCUAUCCAGGAGUAAGUCCCAUUGAGUUCAAUGGAACUUACCUGCAGGCAAGUGAAUAUAGCCUUAACUAGGUUAUGCAGCCCCUGCAGCUUACAUCCUAUGUAAUUACUGUAGACAAACUAGUGAGGGAACACAUUCUGUGGAACUCAUUUGUUUCCAGUUUUCUAACCUCCAUAAUAUGAAUCCCUGCAUACCAGUAAACUUUCCCAGCAGCUACAGAUGGACUGUUACAUAAUUUUUAGAUACCGCCUACAUUUUCAUAUCUUUGUCUUGGAAUGAAAAAUAUUCUAGGGCUUUAGCAAGAAACUGCAGAGAGAUAAACAAGAGUGUAGGUUUUUUUUCCUUUUAUGGAACCAGAAGUAGGCAGAGCCCAGGUGAUGGUACUACAAAUAGAGGUCCCCCCUGUAUCCAAUGCCUCUAAGGCUAUGAUUUGCAUGAAACAGUAAGCCAAGCUUUAGCAAAGUACUUUUUCCUGCUGUGCCAAACUAAACCAAGAUUUGGUUUUACCAUGUCAGCUGAAUUGAUGUUUAAGUUCUCUCACUAACCACAAGCUAAAGUCAGGGUUGUUCUUGGGUAUAGCUUGCUGUUACCGCAAGAGCUUAAAUACAAGUCCCCCAGUUGGGACAACACACUAAGCCAAGCCUUGGCUUAGCUUGGCCUAUAUAGAAAAUAGUAGAUGGGAACAAAGAAGCCGCAUGCUUCUCUGCAGGAGGCUGCACAUUUACGUAGUCUUGCGAAACUUGUUUGGCUUACUAUGUUGCGCAAACCAGGUCAGUCGCUGAUUGGAAGGCUCCUUUUUGUCACUGGAAAAAGUAUGAAAUAAGCCCUAAAAUCUUCCUAAUUUGAUGCUGGGAUAGCUGGGAAGUGAGAGUAGACAUCAAUAAAUUUGUCCGUUGAGUUGCAGAUUUG